AGAGGGGGAGUAAAACUGUGCCAGGCGUUAGAGUGUAGGGAGCUGAGUCAUAGCUUAAGAUGGCAGCCGCCAUGCGUAGAAGAUGAGAUAGAAUUAUUCCGACGAUAAGAAGCCGUAGAUAUUUUCUCUCUUUGGCGAACAUCUGAUUCGUGUUUUAUUGUCAUCCAUCUCGGAGUGUCAACCGUGUUGUUGUCUAGUCAGACGUUGUACAUUCCACGAGGGGGGAUCUUGUUGCCUCUAUCAUCAGCAGCGGUUGGACAGACAAUCCCAUCUUCUUUGAUGACAUCAUCGGAGCGUUGAUGACAACAUGUGUACAUACAUUAUCAGAUGUUUAGUCUGCGACUAUUAUGCUAACGUGACAAAUUGUUAGAUUUAUUUCCGGGAUUAACAACAGCUCAUGGAAAGAUUGUUGGGAUUUUACAUUGUCCACCGUUGAAGUUUCUAAUUGAUGGAUAGUAGAAUCAUCUCAUCUCAUUUAACCAAUUGCUUCCAGACGGCUUUAUUUUGUAUAGAGAGCACACACCUAUAUUCAAGCAGUACUGUUGCCAUCUUAGUCUAGAUGAAGAUGUAGGAAUUUUUCAGCGUCUAUGAACCAGCAGCACUUACUUGAUUGUUGCUUCUCAUAUCACACACCUUGCAUACUCAUCAGAUGAGUAACCAAGCCUUUUGAGAAAUUGUUUCUGACGACCUAGUCAUCCAUCUGCCAGAGUAGAUUUGUGUUGAGAUAUAAUCGUCAGUCUUGUAGAAGCUAUUGUAGCAACACGUUACCUUUUGGAAUCAAUUGAAAAACCAUGACGCUAAAGAGGGAUAACAUCUGUGGCCAUCUGCUUUGAACAUCUUCAUAUUAUAAGAAUCGCUUCUCCUUAUGGUCGGAUGUCUCCAGAUGGGAAGACAAUGAGAUGAUUUGGUCCUCGUUGGAUAUUUAUCCCGUAGGAGGGGUCGCUAGACUUUCCUGGAAAGAAGAUCUCUCAACAUUUUAAAGAUUGAACUCUUUUUAAGUUAAACUUCUAUGAGUAAAAAUAUCAGUGCAAUAUGGGCGGGAAAGCCUGCAAACUUAACUGCUGCGGUUGCUUGCGUGACUCUAACGAUGAUAUCCCGUCAUCGUUGUCGCAGCCGUUCUAUCGCGACCCUCCACGCGCAGCUCGGCCAAAAGAGAAAAAGAAAUCCAAGUUUCACCGUCCUAAGUUCUUAAAGAGGAGGAGCAAUAAAGAUGAUGGAGGGGGGACAAAGAAACCGAAGAAUGGCUCGAAGAGGGAGAGCUUUACCCAGGGAUUACGAGUGCAAUAUUCCAAAAUUCCGGACCAAGAUAGUGCAGAUUUGGAGAUUUCCGAUAUCAUGAUCGAUGGCCAACACCUUCAGCCCAGGGAGGCGCUCCUCCAGUGGGCUAAACAGACCGUCGACGGGGUACCGGGCGUCAACGUGACCAACUUCGGCCGGAGCUGGAGAGAUGGACUUGCCUUCAAUGCCAUCAUCUACCGCAACAGGCCUGACCUGGUGGACUUUGAUAGCCUUAGGCCCUCUGAUCAUAAGAAGAAUCUGAGGACGGCGUUCACGGUGGCCGAGAGAGAUCUAGGAGUUCCUAAGUUACUGGAAGCUGAAGAUGUAGAUGUACCCGAGCCCGAUGAGAAAAUCGUCAUGACGUACGUUUCCCAACUGUACGAGGUCUUCCCCGCAGUCCCCCCUAAGCGGACGAAGACUUCCAGCAUGAGCACAACGCUCAAGACGUCCUCGCAGUCUGUCCCCGCGGCUGCAUCAUCGUCUUACGUCACGUCCUCACGGAGCGAGCAAACAUCCAGCUCUGCAUCUUCCAAUAGUGUCACCAAUGGCACUAGUCCCCAAUGGGAGGUGUACACACAACCUGCUCGUCAGAUGGUCGAGUGGGUCAAACGUACUAACACAAGGUUCGAAGAUCGUAGUGUUCCCCAAACUACGUCUGAGAUCAAGAGAGCCCUAGCUGAGUUGAGUCGCUUCAAGUCUGAGGAAGUCCCCGCCAAACAGGCUGAGAAGCAACGUGUCGUCAGUAAAUUCAGAGAAGUGGAGAGGAGUUCCAAGUCCUCUGGCCAGUUUCGUCCCCCACCUGGCCUACACGUCAAUGACGUCGAGUCUCAGUUUGACCGUUGUAUGCUGUCCAUUCAGCAGCGAGAGCAUGUCCUCAACUCUGAGCUUCACAGAAUGGAACAGCAAGAUGCCCUUGCCGACAAAGUGAGUCGACAGAUCCCCAUGGUGUCAGCUGAUCUUGAUACGAUCCAAUCACGGAUCCAUGACGCUGAAGGCAAAGCUGAUAAACUGACUGCCGCUGAUGUCCGUACAAUGAUUGAUGACAUUGAAUCAGCUUCCAAGACUUGUGACAAAAACAUAGCCAUUCUGAUGCGAGAAGUGGCUCAACUGAGACAGAACAAUCACUCCAAUGGACCAGAGCUGUCUAGGAAACUUGACCAACUGCAGCAACGCCUGACCACCCUGCGUACCUUCCAGAUUGCCGGGACUACACAGAAAGUGACUAGCCGCACUAUGGUACAGGGUGACGCCAUCAAGCUGGAACGCCGUGUGGAGAUGCGCACAGAGCGUCGCUUUGUUGAGGGCAACGUGGACCAAUUCGUCAAGGAGUGCUACAAAUGGGUCAAAAACAAAGAGUCGACUCUGAAAGUUGCAAGCUACGGAGAUGACUUGGAGAAGGUUCAGAAGACUUUGCAGCAGAGCAAGGCCGACCUGCAUGCCAUCCGAGAGUAUGAACGAAACAUCGCCAAGUGCCGCAAUGUCCUGUCUAAUAUGACCGGAGAGGAGCUUCAAAGGAACACUGACCAGGUGGCCAUCUUGGAAGAGGCUUAUAAAUUUCUCCUGGACAUGGCCGUCAAGCGAGUUCGUGACAUCGAACUGCUCCUGGAGUUUGUCCAGAUGUCGACCAAAGAGAUGAUCUGGAUGAACCAGAAGGAAGAGGAGCACGCCAACCGUGACUUGAGCGCCAGGAAUCUGGACAUUGCUGAACUGGAGAAACACUACAAGAAUCUGAUGCGUGAAAUCCAGGGUCGUGAGAGGCAGGUGACCUCUGUGCAGAACCAUGGAGAGAGACUCCAUAAUGACAACCAUCCAGCUAAGCCAUGCAUUGUUGAUCAUCUGUCAGCUAUGCAGUCUCAGUGGAACACCCUGACACAGCUUGCCCACUCCCUGGAGACACACUUGAAGUAUGCUGCAGAGUACCACCAGUUUUUCUACGAUGCCAGGGAAUUUGAGCAAUGGAUGGCUCGGAACCAGGAACUCCUUGCCUCCAAAUAUGACCAAAAAGACAUGUCACCGUCGGAGGCCAAGCAACUUCUUCAAGAACUAAUGACCAUGAAAAACAGAAUUGAGGAGUACCAGGUUGUGCUUCGAGACUUCGGCCAGAGAAGUCGACAUAUUGUGCCUCUUAAGAAACGACGUCAACGUCUCAAUGAACCAAUCCCAAUUAUUGCUGUGUGUGACUUUCCAGGGAUUGAGUUGAAUAUAGUAAAAGGUGAGGAGUAUAUGCUACUUGAUAACUCUAAUCGCACCAAGUGGAGAGUGGUGAAUCGGGCAGGGAUGGAGGGACAUGCUCCUGGUGUUUGCUUCCUCAUUCCAGCCCCAAAUGUUGAAGCGUUGGAUUACAUUGCACAAAUUGAGAAACAGUUUAAGCAUCUUGUUGACUUAUGGAAUGCAACACAAACUAAACUCAAGCAAUGGAUCCAGGAGCAAACAGCUCUAAGCCACUCAGUGCAAAGCGUGGACACAUCAGUCCGAAGAAAGACUGUCCAGCAAACGGAAGCUGCGCCUGUACCUCAGCAAGUUGUCCAGAGAUCGCAAAACGGACACGAGACACAAAUGAGAUCGUCUUCGUCGCAUCGCUCAGUCACAUCCAGAAGGGAAACCACGGAAGAUGGUCAGACAGUCAUAGUAGAGGAGGUCACCGAACAGUUGCCAGAUGGUGAAACACAUCGAACGGUGACCACUCGGAAAAUCCGAACGGAGGAAGUUGUUCCUGGCGAAGCGCCGCAGAGAGCUUCCCUGGAGAGAAUGGCGACGCCUGAGAUUCAGACCCAUCGGACGGUCACUCUUAAGAAGCACAUCAUGAGCCCUGAGCUAACGCCAGACAGGAGCGGGACAUUCCCCCAGAUGUCCAAACGACAGGUCAUGCUUCAACAAUUCCAGGAGAACACAGAGCAGAUGAGGCAGGAGGAGGAACGGGUGAAGAAAGAACGGGAGUUAGCCGAAGAGAAGGAAGUCGAACGGAGGAUGAUUCAGGAGGAGCAUCGUCGCCAAGAGCGUCUAGAGAUGGAACGAAGGACUGAGAUCACAAUGAUGCAAGAACGAGAGACAAUGGAGUUGGAGAGACAAGCUGCCGACCGAGCACGUCUUGAAAGACACCAGCAGCAAGAACAAGCUGAACGGCAAUAUGCGGAGAGAAUGGCGUAUGAGCAGCGGAAAGCAGAACAACUAGCCAUGGAACGAAGACAAGAAGAAGAAAGACAACUUGCUGAAAAGAUGGCUGUCGAGCGAUUAGAAUUCGAGAUGAUCGUCGCCCAACAAGCAGAGCAGUCGGAGAGAGAAAGCGCUGACCAUGCUGCGUCUAAACGUCGCAAAAUGGACGAAGAGGCUCGAUUGGUCGCCAGGCAGCGACUUGCGGAGCAGCUUGCUGAGGAAGACCUGCAGUAUGAACGGAUGAUGUCGCAGCAAGCCGCUGUAACAGAGCAGCGUCGUCAAGAACAGAUCAGACAGCAAGAUGUCUCUGAGAGUGUCACUGUGCAAACGGUGAACUCCUCGACGCAAAGAAUCCAUACUCAGCUUGAUGACCUGACUGAUCAGCUUCACACAUCUCGCAGACGAUCGGACGUGGACUCACAAUUACAAGACAGCUAUAUAACAGCUGACAAUGUAGAAAGGGUUUAUUCAUCUCGACAGAUCGACACGGAGGCUGAUAGCCAAGUAUCAAAUCUCUCUCAAGAAGAUCGUCGUUUGAUCGAGACUUUGAUGAUGGAUAUGGACGCCUUUAUAAAGAGGUUGUACGAAGACCAAGAACGGCUAGAAUCUAGGGUUGAAACACCCCUCCCUCACACAAUGGAGGAGUCCAGAACACUCAACUCUGACUUUCAGACAUUCCACUAUAAUCUGGCUGAACUUCAGCCGAUCUACGACCGCAUCAGCGAUGCCGCAACCCAAAUACUCCACCAACGGGAGGCUGACUUUCCACAACUCGCUGAAAAAUACCACAUUCUCAACGAGAAAUGGGACGGCAUCGUCAGACAUUCCAACGCUUGCUCUGAAAGAGUUGCCUUAGUGACUGAUAUUGUACACACUCUACACAGAGCACGCGAGGUCGUUACAAGCUGUGAGAAGGUACUAACCUUACACGGCAAAAUGCCAGGUGAUAUGGAUAAACACCAGAAUCACCUGGACAAACUACAGGGUUUACAGCGAACGCUUCCACCAUUCCAACCAGUCAUUGAUAAACUCAAUGAUGAGAUGGUACGUGUGCGUAGUCUGUCUGAGACUACACCCACCCAUCAAGAUGUACAGAGACUGGAAGGAGAGGUGCGUUAUAUCGCAGAGAGGUGGGAGGACGUAUGCAAUCAGACUCAUGAACGUUUAAAGAGGCUGAAUGGUUCAAGUGAUAUUCUGCAAGACUUCACGGAUCUCUUAACACGAGAAAGUAACUGGAUCUCACAGGCUGAGGUCAUCCUGAUGGAAUUUGACCAUAUAGCAAAGGGCGCCCUCAACAUUGAGCAGCAGAUAAGCGCUGCGCGUGAUUUUAACACCAAUGUGGCCCGCCGCCAAAAUAACAUGAUGACGGUAAAUGGUCGGGCUGGAGCAUUCAUCGGACAAGCUCAGUCCUAUGAUUCAAUGGUGGAUAGUUACCUAACCAAAAUCAAAGGUAUCCAUCCACGUAGCACCCCAAAGAACAAAGAGAAUCACCGACCGGGAACCGACAUAGUCCAAGAGGACAUGGAUCAACUCAACGAUCGUUAUCGCGACCUCGUCGCGAGGGUCAAUCUACGAGUGGACACCAUCAAUUCCGCCGGAAAUGUGGCAAAUUAUUUUGAAGAGGCUGACCUGGACAAGGAGUACCGCAACAUCUUCCAGAUUGUGAGUGACCUGGUGUACUGGGUCAACAUGACCCAGCAGAAGCUGACCAACAUGGAGUCAGUCAGCAAGGAUAUCCCUACAUUGACUUUCCAACUGGAGAAACAUAAGCAUUUCUUGGAAGAGAUCAUCCACCACAAAGAGCCCAUCUUGGAUUCUCUUAAGAAAGCCGACCGUUUCAUCCACAACAACAAGGAUGACUACCUGAAGGUUGAACAGCAACAUGAGAUCAACGGUAAGAUGGGAGACCUCCGACGUGGUUAUGACAAGGUCGUAAGCCUGGCUGAAGAUCGUCUUCAGAGUCUCAAGGGUAUGCUGUCUCAACGCCAUCGGGAGAAGGAAGAAAUUACUUCCCUUGAGAAGUUGUACCAUACCCAUGUUAGCCAGCUGCAGGAUCUGAUGCAAUGGGUGUCUGAGGCUGAGCAUGCUAUGGGUUCUUCCCAACCACAGGCUGAGCAGGUGCAGCCACUCAGUGAGCAGCUCAACAAGAUGAAGGCCCUACGCGACGAUGUAGUCGGCCAUGCCAAACCAGUCAAGAAUAACAUCGACAGUGUCAUGCAGUUCUUGAAGAAACAAGGCGACAAGCUGACUCGUGAGAAUGCCGCCCGCCUCCAGGACUACGUCUCCGAGCUGCGUAUGCGCUACGAGCGGCUCAACAAUGAGGGCGACUCGCGCGUACAACAACUUGCCUCCGCUCUGGACUACCUGCGCAACUUUGACAAGGACGUGGUAACCUUUGAGCAUUGGCUGAACAAGACUAAGGACACCGUGGAGGGAUUCGGACGCGACGCUGGACGCGACAUCAACGUCUUGAAGAAGCAGUCUUCUCAGCUUCAGUCGCUGAAUGCCGAGAUUCGAUCCAAUAAAGAUCAACUGAAUAAGACUAACUUGACUGGACAGGGAUUCCUCAAUAAUGCUAAGGCCUAUAAGCAGAUGAUGUCAGAGUUCCGCAGCAAUGCCCUGACUCGUCAAUUCAACAAGACGUUCAGCGAGGCACCAGACUCUAACAUAACCCAAGACAGGCUGAUGCGACUCAACAGCCACUUUGACAAACUCCAGACCAAGUACGAGCAAACCAAUGAUCAUCUGCAUGAGUUGAUCACCAAGCACCAGACAUUCAAUGAGAGCUUGGGUAAGGUGCGUACCUGGCUGCAGAGUGCUGAGCAGACCCUAGUGAAACUCCUGCAGGAACCCAUCGCUGCAGAGCCUCUCGCUGUACAGCAACAGAUUGACAAGCUCAGGACUUUCAACGAUGAGGUGAUUGAGCAUUCCAGACAUGUAGAGCAAUCUAAGGAAGCUGGCAAGGAUCUCGCUGAUGCACAAGAUGAAAUCAAGAAUGACGUACAACAAGCCAUCGGUGACGUCCAGGAUCGUUACAGUCGUCUGGAGAGGCAGAUAGCAGAGCGUAGCAACACCCUUCAGAUGACACGCAUGCAGUGCCUGAGUCUACAGGACAGUCUCCAUAGUCUGCUCAUCUGGCUGGAAGAGAAGGAGAACACCUUCAAUAAACUGGAUACCACUAAGAUCAUGGUGAAGCGUAACGCUGUUAUGGAGCAACUCCAACAGCAUAAGCUUCUCCAAACUGACAUUGACAGCCACAAGCCCAGCGUGGCGUCAGCCAACGAAUCCUCUGCUGAGCUAAUCAAGGAGUGCGACCCUAAGAUGGCCAGGAACAUCCAGUCCCGUCUGGACGACCUCAACUCCCGCUUUGAGAAGGUCAUCGUCCGCGCUCGUGAUCGCAAGGAGAACCUUCAGAGUCUUCUGGAUCGUCUAGUUCAACUUCUUGAAGAGGUUGGGGAUCUUGAGGAUUGGAUGCUGCCGGUGAUUGACUCGUUGGAGUCCAGGGAGCUGGUGCGGCUUGAUUUGCCUGAUAUGGGAGGUAGAUUACAGGACUACCAACGCCAAGUGGACAACCAUCGUCCAGUCUUCGAGAAGAUUCAGAAGAUUGGUCAAGAGCUCCAGCGAGGAUCCAAGAACGUCGACACCAGCUACAUCUCAGAGAUUCUGGACAAUGUCGGCCUCAACUGGAAGUCUCUGGAGACUGCCUUCGGCCGACGAAUGCAACAGUGGGAGGAGCGUAACAAGGCCUUCAAGGACUUUGAUGGUAAAGUGAAGAGUGGGAACGUGUGGCUGGGAAGCAUGGAGGACAGAGUCAGUCAACUCCAACCCAUCGCUUCUGAUAAAGAGACCAUUAAUGUACAGAUGCAACAACUACAGCCGUUGCAGAAGGAAUACACUGCCUAUCGUCCAAACAUCGAGGACGUUCGUAAGUUCGGACGUACUCUGGACACUGUGACCCGUGAAGCCAUGUUGCCGCUGACUGUGGCUCCUAGACGCCCAAGCCUUGGACUUACAUCCAAGGAUGGCAGAUACCAGGUGGAUAGGGCACCCAGGAUGCAGCGUUACGCAAAUGAGGAACAAGAUCGCCCUCGCAUGAGCUUCUUUGAAGACGAGCCAUCAGACACUCAACGCACCGUCAACCGCGUCAUCGAUCGUUUCAAUAACCUCGGCAACAAGCUGACCUUCCGUCAGGAGGAGUUAGACGCCUAUCUCAACCUGGCUAAACUCUAUGCUGACCGCGUCCGAGUCAUGAAUGACCAGUAUGACUAUGUGACCAGUGUGGAGCAACAACUGGACGGUCAGGGACCGCUGAGUAAUGACGUAGGCGUGCUGGAAGACCAGUACAACAACAUGAAGGCCCUCCAGCGUGAGUUGAAUGACAGCCGACCUCAGGUCGAGGAGGUCAUGACCUCAUCAGAGGGCUUCAUGAGAGAGCAUAAAGACCGUCUUGGCCACGACCAGCAAGACGUCUUGCAGCGUGGUGUCUAUGACUUACGUUCUCAUACUGAUAAAGCUAAUCACAAGGUCCAAGAUUGGGUCAGACAGAUGAAGGAUAAGCUGAACCUCUUGCGAGAAGUCCAGGAGAAGAUCAGCACCUUGAUGAAGCUUGUUGAAUGGAUCAAUGACAUCGAGAGUCAGAUGGGAAGCCAGCAACCAAUGAAUGAAGAGCUACGUCAACUCAGCGAACAACACCGUGAGCAAAAGAAUAUUCACGAGGAUGUACGUGUGCAUCAUGAGCCGGUCAUGCUGGCGGUACACAACGCUCAAUUCUUACUGGAAACUCAACCGGACAAACUGAGUGACAGCAACCAGAAACAGCUCAAGGACUACUCAAAUGAUCUCAAGAUUCACUACGACCGUGUCAACACCGACUCCGACAGCCGCAACCAACACAUGACCUCCGGGAACAACGAGUUGCAGAAGUUCGACCGUGAAUUCUCCUCCUUUGAGACCUGGCUGCGUUCUGCCGAGCGUACUCUCGACGCUUACCUGAUGGAUGUUGCACGGGAUCGCGAGGCUCUGCGGAAACAAGUCUCCAAGAUCCAACCGUUCAACGAAGAGGUGGUGUCGCACUCUGCAGACCUACGCUUCAUGAACAUCUCUGGCCAGAAAUUCCUGGAUGAGAAUCAGGACUUCCGUCAGAAGCUGGCGCAGUUCCGUGAGGCCGUCAUGGACAACCAAUUCUUGCGCAACUUCCGUCAGGAACCAGAGUCUCAUAUCAUUCUGAACAAGUUGACCGAUGCCAAUGAGCGAUACGACAGGCUGAAGCUCAAAUGCAACGAGCACACUCAGCGCAUCCUCUACCUGCUCGGACUCCAUGAGAAGUAUCGUUCAGCCGUUGACAAUGUCAUGACCUGGAUUGAGAACACAACCUGGGAAAUAGAUGAAAUUGUACGAGAGCCUCUCGGUGAAACCCAAGAUGUGGUUCAGCAACAGAUUGAUCGCAUCAAGGGAGUGCAAGACGACGUAUCUCGCCAUCUUAAGGACGUUGAGAAGGCCAAGGCAGCUGGUUCUGAGCUUGCUGAGGAGCAGCCGGACCUCCAACCUAGCAUUGACAAGACUGUCAAUGAGGUUGUCACCAAGUACAACAACAUGGAGGUGUGCAUGAGCUCCCGCUCCAACGACCUCCACACAGCCAUGAGAGACAUGCAUGGUCUGGAAGAAGGUCUUGACUUGAGUCAAAGCUGGCUGGAUGAGGUCGAGAGGAAACUCAUGCGCAUGGAAGGUACAAAGGUCACCGUUAAGCGUGAGCCGGUCGUGGAAGAGAUUCAGAAUCUCAAGGGUGUUGAACAAGACCUGAAGCAACACCGCUCUACCAUUGACACUCUGACCGAGCGUGUCGGCAAGGUAAGCCAGACCUCCAACCCCAUCGUGGCACGCAACCUGCAAUCACAGAUGGACGGUAUCAACCAACGUUACAACAAGCUCUGCAGCGCUGUGGGGCUGUACGAUGACGAUCUACGUGGCAUGUUGGAUAAACUUGGCAAGUUGCUGGACGAUGUCGACGGAUUGGAGGAUUGGCUGUUCCCUGUCUUGGAUACCGUGGAGUCUAGAGACUUGAAGAAGCAAGAUAUACCCGAGAUUGAGAGGGUCAUCCAGAAAAUCACCAGAGAGGUUGACACUCACAGUCCCGAGUACAAGCGUAUCACCAAGGUAGCUGAAGAGCUGAUUAAACAUCCCCGAGCAAGAGACUCUACCUUUGUGUCUGAUCUCAUGAAGGGGUUGGACAGGAACUGGCAGACCAUGGAGGAAGCUCUCACCAGACUGAAUGAUUACCUUCAGGAGAGGAAACAGAUCUACAAUAAAUAUCGUAACUCUGUCAAGGUGGUCAGUAUGUGGCUGGAGAGUACCAACACGAAGUUUGACCAUCUACCGGACAUUGCUAGAGAGCUGGAAACACUCAAGAACCAACUGGAACAAAUGAAGCCACUGAAGCGUGAAGUAACCGGUUUCAAACCCAAGAUCAACGAGACGUAUGAGCUCGGUAAGACUCUGGACCAGUUGAUCCAAGCCGCUGAGACUGUGGUGACUAACCGUCGACGCUCUACCAAAGUCGCUAGCGGUGAUGUCCCACAGAUGGAACGCCGUGUGGUUGAGCUACAGCAGAACUUCCAGGUUUCUGAAGACACCGAAGUGAUGCGUGAGGUCAAAGGUCUCCGUAACGACUACGAGAACCUCGACAAGAACGUGAACCUACGUGAAGACUCCAUCCAAGAGAUGUACGAGAUAAUCCGCCAGUACAACGAGAGGAACAGAGACCUUCAGGAUCUGUUGGAAUGGAGCCGACCGAUCAAGACUAAGCUGAAGGAACCGAUUCCUGAUAUCCGAGAUAUCUCUUCUCUACAGGCUAUCAUUACUGACCACAAGGCCCUUCACAGUGAGUUGCUCUCUCGCCGCCCCGUCAUGUUAGAGGCAAUCCAGAAUGCCGAACACCUCCUUCAUGACCGUCGAGACAAGCUGACCCAACCCCAGGUACAGGAGAUGCAACAACGCAUCAGUGAACUCCGAGAGUACUACGAGAACAUGGUCGGAUUCUCUCUGGAGAGACUGAAUGCGCUGCGUGACAUGAUGGCCCUGCUGGACUCUGAACAACGAGACAAGGUUGCCCUUGAGCGUGAGACCAAGCUGAAGGUAGACAACCUAGUGGAUCUUCUAGACUGGGUGACGAAGGCUGAACAAUCUCUUGGUAAUGAGCAACCUCUUCAAGAGCAGCAUCCACCACUCAUGCAACAAGUCAGAGACCACAAGAGCACCAAUGAUGACAUUCUGGCUCACCAGCAGCCAGUCUUACUGGCAGUUCACACCACAGAGACCUUCCUUGAGAACCGCGGUGCCCAACUCGGCCCCGAAGUCCGCAACAAACUCCAAGAAGGCAAGACUGCUCUGCAGACCCGUUACAACACAGUGGCCAGGGACUCAGAAACCCGAAUGCGACAACUCAACGGCAACGAGGACAUCCUAGAGCGCCUGGAGCCUGACGCCGCCAGCUUCGAGGAGUGGUUGAAGGGAGCCGAACGCUCCAUGGAGAAGUUUCACAGCGAGAUGGGCGGCGAUGCCGACACCAUACGCAGACAGGUCAAGCAGCUCAAAGACUUCAACGAGGACGUCUUUAGCCACAAGGGUGACCUGAAGAUGACCAACAUCGCUGGCCAGAAGUUUGUCAAGGGAGCCGAUAUCUACCGCAAGAAUCUCGCUGACUUCCGCGUGAACAACCUCCCUCGCCAGUUCAACCAGAAGUUCCGGGAGCAACCGGAGACCAACUUGAUUCGAGACAACCUGAACAACCUGAACGUCCGCUACGACCGGCUUCAGAAUGCCAGCAGCACCCACUUCUCGGUCCUGAGUGACCUCCUGGAUAAGCUGACCAGGUACAAGGAUUCCAUUGAGGUGUGUACAAGCUGGUUGCAGGAUGCCUACGAGACGCUGAACAGGCUGUCCAGAGAGCCUCUUGGUGUUGAGCCUGAGUUUGUUCAGAAGCAGAUUGAUCGGAUCAAGAUGUUCAACACUGACGUGACUGCUCAUUCUAAAGACGUUGAGCGUUGCCGUGAGACUGGCCAGGAACUGGUAGAUGCCCAUCCUGAACUCAAGAAUGAUGUAGAGAAGACAGUCGGGACCAUCAUCGACAAGUACAACGGCCUGAAUGUCCAGUACACUGACCGAGUCAACCAGCUCCACACCACCUACACCAAGACCACGGACAUCCAAGAUAACAUGGACAGGAUCUUAAAGUGGCUGAACACUGUAGACAGGAACACGACGCAGCUUGAGGAAGGCACGGUGAUCCAGGCCAAGAAGCAGCCUAUACAAGAGAGCUGUAAUGUACAGAAGACCUUUGUGAAUGAGCUUGAGAGCUAUCGUCCGACCAUUGAGGCCAUCAACAUGAAUGCAGCCCCACUGAUCCGUGAGAGUACACCAGAGAUGGCUCGUACCAUACAAACCAAACUGGAUACGAUCAAUAAGAAGUACACCAACGUCAAUGAUCGCACCAAGACUCUUGGUACUGAUUGGAACGACACCCUGGACCAAGUUGUAACAACGGAAGAAACAGUGGAUACACUGGAGGACUUUGUCCUCCCUGUGGUCGAGCAACUUCAGUCAGAGGAACUCAUGAAGUUGGACACUCCUCAGCUCAGCAAGAAACUGAAGGAAAUCACACAACAGGUGGAUAGACAGCGUCCACAGUACCAGAAGACUAAGAAGCUAAUGGAAGACCUAGCAAAGAACAAGACGAUUCGUGAUAAGACCAACGUGACCACGAUGAUGAAUAACACUGAUCGGAACUGGAACACGCUGGAAGACAUCCUCAAUACAAGGACUCAGCAACUUGAGGAGUUGGAAGACAUGAAUCGACGUUACAAUACCUGUAAUGAAGACAUCAAUCGCAUGGUCGGGACCAUCGAGAGGAAGUUUGAUCAACUACCCUCGGUUACCAGAGACACAAAGGUCAUCUCAAGUCAACUCAACACUGUCAAGCCGUUGCAGAAGGAGACAGUCCAACUGAAGCCUAAGCUCGAGGAGAUGUCCAACAUCUGUAAGACGUUGGAUAACCUCCAGCGUGAGGUGAUAAGGCCUGUCCAAUCAGCGCCAGUACACCGCACUACACAGCUCGGUACGGUCACCAAUGAGCAGCCACAGAUCAAGAAGACAAAGAGGACAUUUGAGGAACUCACUAAGAGUGCUUUCCUUCCACAAGAAUCUGACGUCAGCCGUACCUACACCACCUCCAACAAGCGCUUUGACAAUCUGAACCAGAACAUCAACUACAGACUGGAGGACUUGGAACUGAUGCAGAACUUUGUGGACCAUUCAGACAAUGGCAAUGAGCUCUUGAAUUGGACUAAGACCACUGAUGCUAAGCUUGACCGGGCGAUACCAACCAGUAACGAUAUCGAUACGCUGUCACAGGAGAUUGACAACUAUAAGCUGCUGGUGAAUGAUAUCGACAACCAUGAGCAUCCCAUCAAUGACAUGAUCCAUCGCAUCGAUACCUUCUACAAUCAGAACAUCGAUCGACUGUCUCCUGAACAGAAAGAAGCUCUACAACGACUCAGCAAUGAUCUACGCAAUCGUUACGAUGAGCUACUGAGGAAGUAUCGUCAGGAGCUUACAGACUCUGAGAACCGUCUGAAUCAGCUGAGGAACGAGCAAGAGGAGUCGUCCACCCUGACUCGACGCAGCCAGAAGAUUCUUGAGGAUGUGAUUCAGAUCAGUAACUGGAUCGACACCGCUGAGAAGGGUCUAGGAUCUGAACAGCCACUCAGUGAGGAGACUCGACCUCUCACCCAACAGGUCAACCAACACACGUCUCUUCAUGAGGACAUUGUGAAGCAACAGACCCCAGUAGUCAAGAACGUGGAAGAAGCCACACGCUUCUUGGACCAGUACGGCCCCCGUCUCCGCGACACUGACCGCACCAAGCUCCACAACGUCGUCAACAACCUCCAGCCCCGCUACGACGUGGUCAGCAACCAAUCCCAUCAGCGCCAGACCAAGCAGAACUACGGCCUGAAUGAUCUGAACAAGUACGAGCUUGAGAAGGACUCUUUCUCUGGCUGGAUCGACACAGCCGAGAGACAGCUCCAGCAGGCUCAGAAGAACGUCCCGCAGGAUCUGGACACCCUGAGGAAGCAGAUUGAGGACCAGAAGGCAUUCACGGAGGAUGUUAACGAUCAGAAGGGUGACCUGAAGUUCAUCAAUAUGACCGGGCAGAAGUUCAUCAACGAUGCUAAGAACUACAAGUCUGACUUGUCCGAGUUCCGAGCCACCACCAUGCCUCGUGAUUUCAUCCGCUCCUUCCAAGAGAACCAGGACACCAACAUCAUCCGCGACCAGACGUCCGACCUGAACGAUCGCUACUCCAACCUGAAGACCAACAGCAUCCACUUCACCAACAGCCUGGCCGAUAUCGCUGACCGGCUCCAGCGCUAUCAGAACUCGGUCAGCGUCGCUGACCGAUGGUUGGGAAACUCACGGACAACGUUGGACAACAUGCUCGGCAAACCAGUCCCGGCUGAGACUUCAGAGAUUCAGAAACAGAUUGACGAUCUGAAGACAUUCAUGGACGACGUCAUCCAUUUCUCUGACGAGAUUGACACCGUCAAGACCUUCGGUGACAAACUCUGCGCCGUCCAACCCCAGCUCGGCACAAGCGUCGGCCGCACCACAGAGGAUGUGAACCAUCGGUACAACUCCCUCCACGGUCAGAUCAACGAUCGUCUGAACAACCUUCAGGAUGCCCUGGGCCGCUCUCGCAGCGUUCAGGACAGCCUGGAUGGACUACUGAGGUGGUUGGACCAGGCUGAGAAGGAAGCUCAUAUCAUGGAUAAAGGAACCGUCAUCAAGGUGGAGAAGGAACCACUGCAGGAAUGCUCUCAGACUUGUCGGGUCUUCCAGACCGAUGUCGACAACCACGCCCCCGUGGUGCAAUCCAUGAACGAUGCCGUCAGCAAGGUAAUCCGCAUGAGUGAACCCAAAGUCGCUGAGGUCCUCAAGAACCGCAUGGAGGAGGUGAAUAGUCGCUUCGCAGGCGUGGACCACACAGCCAAGAGACAUGGCGGACAGCUGACGGAUCUGAACAGCAAGCUCAGUGAGUUUGAGAAGGAGGUGGACCUCUUGGAGAACUGGGAGCUUCCGUUGCUGGAGAAUCUGGAGUCCAGACGCUUCAUGAAGGACGAGCUGCCGGCUGUGUAUAGCAAACUCACUGAUGCAACACGUCAAGUUGAGAACCACAAGCCACAGUUGAGUAAGGUACACAAGCUUGGCGAGGAGUUACUGACUCAUCCUAGAGGCAAUGACACUACCUACGUACAGAAGGUACUGGAUAGUGUGGACAGCAACUGGGAGACAAUGGAGGAUGUACUGGAGAAGAGGAAUUCUCAGUUUGAGAAUCGCCAGGCAGCCGCCAAGAAGUAUGGCGCAGCUGACAAAGACACCAGCCACUGGCUGGACCACACCGAGCGUCGCGUCCACCAACUCCAACCAGUCUCCAGAGACUCAGACACCAUCGACAUCCAACUGAAGGAGGUACGACCCGUCCGCCAGGAGGUGGUCGCCUACGAACCCUCGAUUGUCAACACCUGCAAUCUAGGAACGACUUUGGAUAGACUGGUGAAGGAGACGGAAGCUCCGCUGGCAGUCAUGCCGCAUCAGAAGUCAACGUCCGUCGGUCAGGCAAGACGCCCUGGAGAGAGGCUUAGACCGAAGAUCUUUGAGGAGCACCUUGAUCAGAGCUUCUUAGAAGAGCAAUCUCCAAUCCUUGACGAGACCCAUCAGACUCGCCACCGCUACGAUGAACUCCUGAGACGUCUGACUGGUCGACAAGACCUCUUGGAGCUCCUGAGUGAGUACAACAGCAUCAAUAACCGUCUGAAGGACACCCAGGAGUGGGCCAUCACCAUGGAUGCUGAGAUCAACCAGAGGAAGACAGGAAACAAAGAUCUUGGCUCGCUGACACAAGGCAUGGAUGAUAUCAAGAGUAUCCAGACCAGCAUUCGCAACAAACGCGCCCCGAUACAGGAGGUGAUCAGCGAAGCCGAGGCCUACCUCCGCGUCAACAAAGACAAGCUGUCUCCAGAGCAGAUCGAGACCUUACAGAAGCGCAUCAAUGAACUCCGGACCUUCUUAGAUCAGAUUUGGGUCAUCUCGGAGCAGAUCAUCAAGGAGACUGAGACGGAGAUCCAUAGCAUCAACCUCCAGCAGGAGGAAUCGUCCAAUCUUGGUUUAGAGUUGGAGUCUGUUCUGCAAGCUUUGAGAGAUCUUCUUGAGUGGGUACGGAUUAAAGAGGAGCAACUUUCCUCUCAGCAACCCAUGACAGAGCAGACCCAGGUCCUCAACAACCAGGUCUCUCUACAAAAGGACAUCAAUGAAGACAUUCAGGACCACAACGAGCCAAUCCAGCAGGUAGCUCAAGACGCCUUGGCCCUCAUCAAGGCCAAGGGCAAGAAGAUGACCGAGGACAACAAGCGUGAUCUCGAGGACGCCGUCGAACAGCUGAAAUCACGCUACGACGUCAUCAACCGCAACUCCACUGAUCGCACCAACAAAAUCACCUUCGGAUUUCAGGAUCUGGACAAGAUCGAAGAGGGAUGUGGUGAGUUUGAGACAUGGCUGAGAAGCGCCGAGCAAGAGAUCAUCGCCAUCUUGAGGAACAUCAGCAGCGACUAUGACACGCUGUCUCGGCAGACUGAGGAGCAUCAGAAUUUCACCGAUGAUGUUGUCACACACUCAGCCGAUCUGAAAUACAUGAACAAGGCUACUCAAAAAUUCCUGUCCACGGCCAAGACUUUCAAAGAUUUCCUUGCCGAGUUCCGUCAGCGAGUGAUGUCCAAGCAGUUCCUGCGUAGCUUCCAGGAGCAGCCCGACUCGGAGUUCCUGAGAAGGACUUUAGAGGACUACAACACCCGCUACGAGAAGCUCAAGACAGACUGCUUCAGCCAUGGCCAUCUCCUUCAACGCCUCAUGGAGAAACACAAGCGCUACUGGGACAAGUCUGACGACACCAACGUCUGGCUCCAGGAUGCUGGUGAGACCCUUCAGACUCUUCUCCACAAGCCCAUCGGCGCCGAGACGGACACAAUCAAGAGGCAGAUUGAUGAGUUUGAUCACUUCAAGAAGGACGUGAAGAAGCACAGGACCGAUGUGGAUAAGGUGCGGGAGUACGGAGAGGAAUUGGUCAACAUUCAGCCCAAUGUACAGGUCCCUGUCCAGAGAAACACAGAGGACGUUGUUGACAAGUACGACAACCUCGACGGGCAGCUGAGCAACCGCUCUCGUCUCUUGCAGGACGCCCUCGCCCAGUCGCAGUCCAUGCACGACAACCUGAACGAUCUGAUGAGCUGGCUGGAUGGUACUGAGAAGGAUGUUCACAAGAUGGACAAGGGUACUGUGGUUGUAGUCAAGAAGGCACCCAUGCAGGAGCAGAUGCAGCAGGGAGAUGUGAUCCAUGAAGACAUCACAGCCAAACAGAACAUGAUUGAAGAGUGUGUGAUGAAAGCCAACAGCUUCGUGCAGCAGUGUGAACCAAUGGAGGCUCAGAUCAUCCAAUCCAAACUGGAGACUCUUCACUCUCGCUUCAAUAAGGUGAAAGACACGACCCAGGAGCACGGUCGCCAGAUGGCUAGCUUGAAAGACCGUCUGGCUGACUUUGACAAGCUGGUGGAUGAGCUAGAAGACUGGCUCCUUCCAGUCUUGGAGCACUCUGAGAGCAAGAAGUUCAUGGAACAAGACCUUCCAAUUGUUGGUGACCAACUCAAGGGUUACAAGAUGCAGGUUGACGAUCAUCGUCCUCUGUACAAGAAGAUCCAUGUUGUAGCCGAGGAGUUGAUGAAACAUCCCAAGGCAACGGAUGUCUCUGAGAUCAAGACGAUGUUGACUAACAUUGAACUCAACUGGGAUUGCUUGGAUACUUCCCUCGCUCGAAGGACCAAACAAUACGAGGAGCGCUCAGCCGCCCAGAAGACUUUCUUCACCUUCAUGAAGGACGUCAACAACUGGAUCGGCGGUCAGGAACGUAGAGUUGGUCAGAUGUCCAAGGUUGCCAGGGACAUCCCGCUGCUACAGUCACAGAUACAGGAAGUUACGCCCUUCCAGAAGGAAGUCAAAGACUACAAGCCCAGGGUAACAGAGAACGCUCGCCUUGGUGCCAUCUAUGACAAACUCAUCUAUGAGACUGAGAUCAGCAUUGCUACUCGUCCUCACUACCGCUCCACAGAGCUGGACCUGACCAAACCCAUUGAUAGGAGAGUCUUUGAGGAACCCAAGUUCAUCGAAGACCGAGACACCGAAGCCGACCGCAUGGUUGACGAUACCAACCGUAGCUACGAGCACCUAGUCUGGCUCCUCUCUGAACGUCUUGAAGACCUUGAGCUCAUGCUGCAGUUCAUGGAGAGAUGCGGUGGGGUGUUCGGACUCCUGGAAUGGGCCAACGACACCGAGACUCAACUCAAGCGUCUGAAGCCCGUCAGCCAGAACAUUGAACCUCUGGAAGAUGAGAUCCGUGACUUUAAAGUCAUCACCAGCGAUAUUGCUUCCAAGAAGGGACCGGUCUCGGAUGUGACUGUUCAUGCAGAGCAGUUCCUACGGACUACAAAGGACAAGCUGACCCCUGAACUCCAGGACGAGCUGACCAACAUCGUACGAGAGCUACGCACAACCUACGAGAGACUCCAGACUUACUCCAUUGACUGGCUCAAGCAAGCUGAGGACCUCUUGGCAGCACUCAAGAAGGACAGAGAUGAAAACAUGAGUCUUGAGGAGCGAAUCCGUGACCUUCUGAGAUCCCUCCAGGCUCUCUUGGAGUGGGUUUCAGACGCAGAGAAACGUCUUGGAUCUGAGCAACCUCAAGAAGAGACGGUCAAACCGCUCAGUCGUCAAGGCACUGAGCACACGGCCCUGAACAAAGACAUACAGGAGCAUCAGCAGCCGAUCCUUGAAGUGGUGCAAGAUGUCGAGAGCUUCUUGAAGCAGUACGGCAACCGAGUUGAUCAAUCCAACCAAUCCAGACUGCGUAAUCUUCAGACUGAGCUCAAGACACGUUAUGGUGUAGUCAACUACCAAUCAACCAACAGGCAGACUAAGCUGACGACAGCCGUCGACGAACUCGUCAAGUUCAGCGACGACCAGCAGGAGUUCGAGCCCUGGAUUGCAACGGCCGAGCAGACCCAACAGAAAGCCUUGAAGACCAUCGGCCGCGACUUGACCACGCUGAAGCAACAGAAUGGUCAACAGAGGGCCUUCAAUGAGGAAGUCCUGGGCGAGGCCGCUGACCUGAGAUUCAUGAAUGUGACUGGGUUGAAGUUCCUCGACGCAGCAAAGGUGUACCGCCAGGAUCUCUCGGAGUUCCGUGCCACCGUGCUGCCCCGUGAGUUCAACCGCUCCUUCACGGAGAGCCCCGAGACCCAGACCAUCAACAACAAGCUCAAGGACUUCAGCGACCGCUUCAACGAGCUCAAACGCACCUCGGCCAAGCACACCGAGUUCCUACAGGACCUUGUACAGCGUCACCAGACCUACAAGAAAGCUAGUGAGACUAUGCUGGACUGGCUUCCGGGAGCAGAGAAGGUGGUUGAUAACUUGACUAAGGAGCCCAUUGGAGCCGAUCCCAUCAGUGUGCAGAAGCAGAUCGACAAAGUGGAGGCGCUUCGUGAUGAUGUCGUCUUCCAUCUCCGAGACGUUGAGAACGUCAAGGAAUCAGGAAGUGAAGUGAUUGAGGUACAAGAAGAGCUGAAACCAGAGAUCUCAAGAAACACAGAUGACAUUGUACGCCGCUACGAUGCCCUCCAAGCCCUGAUUGCCAAGAGACUCAAGGACUUACAGCGAGCCUUGGCACAGUGCGUAGAUGUGAAAGAUCAGCUGGAUAUGCUUCUAAGAUGGCUGGAUGAGGCAGAGAGAAAUACUCACAAGAUGGAGAAGGGAACUCUCAUCGCUAUCAAGAAGGAACCAUUGCUGCAGAACAUGCAAGAGCAAAAGGUCAACCACUCCGACAUUGAGAAUCACCGUCCCCCGAUUGAGACGGUCAACGUCAGCGCCAGGGACCUCAUCCAGAACAGUGAGCCCAAUGAGGCACGCCAGCUCCAGGGCAAGCUGGACGACAUCAACGAUCGCUACUCACGCAUCGCCAACGUCACCUCCAACCAUGGUGACUACCUGGACACGCUCACCUACAAGCUGUCAGAGUUUGAGAACGAGGUGGAGCAGCUGGAGGAUUGGCUACUGCCCUCGCUUGACACGCUGGAGAGCAAUGAGGUCACACAGCAAGACCUGCCAGAAUUCGGCAGCAGACUUCAGGAUCUUCGUCGACAGAUUGACAACCAUCGCCCUCCUCUGAAGAAGAUCAAGCAGAUGGGAGAUGAGUUGAUCAAAGACACCAAGGCCAAGGAUACAUCUCACGUCACUGCUAUCCUCACUAAUGUGGACAUCAACUGGAAGGCAUUCGAAGACAUCCUAGUCAAGAGGAACAAACAAUUUGAUGAGUUGACUGCAGCAAGCAAGCGCUACGGCACCACACGCAAGGAUGUGACAUACUGGCUUGACACCACUGAGCGUCGUCUGGAUCAGGUGCAACCAGAAGCCCUGGAUCUCAACACCAUUCAGGUCCAACUCAAGGAACUCAAGCCGUUGCAGAAGGAGAUUGUUGACUACAAACCCAGAGUGGACGACAACACCAAGACGGGUACCACCGUGGACACACUGAAGAAGGAGGUAGUCCAACCGGUGCAGUCUUCUCCCCAUUAUCGCUCGACUGAGCUCUCUGAAAUCACUAAAGACAAGUCACCGAGGAAGAUUGAUGAACCCGUACAGUUCUUAGGUGAGACAGAGAUCCAGCGUGAGGUCACCGAUGUUGUCCAUCGCUAUGACGAUCUCUUACGUCGCAUGCAGAUCUCUCUGGAUGAUCUGAUGCUGUCUGAGCAGUGGGUCGAGCAGAACUCCAACCUCAAGAGCUCCAAGGACUGGGUGACCAGCUCAGAAGCCAAGAUGGAGAAGACUAGACCCAUGAGUAAUGAAAUCCAACCGCUCACUAAAGAGAUUGAAGUCUUCAAGGGUGUCCACUCCGAUGUGCGUAGCAGACAGCCCAACAUUGCUGACGUGGUCACCAGCUCAGAGCAGUUCCUGCGUAAGAAUCGCGACCGUCUGUCCCCGAAGCAACGGGAUGAGAUGGAACGACGGAUCGAGGAGCUACGAGUGAACUACGACGGGGAUUAUAACAAGGUUGAUGACUGGAUGAAGGAGUCUGUGGAUCGACUCAAUCAACUGCAAAAGGAAUAUGACUACAGGAUGCGUCUUGAGGGGCAGAUCAAAGAGAAGAGUCUACGCCUUCAGGAGCUGCUUGACUGGCUGACCAAGGCAGAGCAAGCUCUUGGAGCUGAGCAGCCGAUGAAUGAACAAUCGCAGCCACUGGCUAAACAGUACAGCCAACACAAGCCAUUGCAUGAUGACAUCCAAGCUCACCAGCAGCCGACGCUUCAAUGCAUCGAAGACAUCGAGCAGCUCUUCAGCAUCUUCGGCGACAAUAUCCCAUCCUCGGAUCAGACACGUCUCCGCGACGGCCAGACACAGCUCAAGACCCGCUACGACAACGUCCACACGGCCACGCACAACCGCAUCAAUAAGCUCAACUCCGGUAUCGAGGACGUCCACAAGCUAGAGGUGGACUUCACAGAGUUUAUCGACUGGCUGAAGGAGGCGGAGCAACAGAUCGGCCAAGCUGAGAAGAACGUCGGACAAGAGCUGCCAACCCUGAAGAAGCAGUCGACGGAUCAUGUGCAGUUUAUCGAUGACAUCAAUGACCAGAAGGGAGACUUGAAGUUCCUGAACAAGGCUGGGCAAACGUUCUUAGACUUCUCUAAGGUGUACCGCCAAGAGCUCGGAGACUUCCGCAACAACACCCUCCCUCGCCAGGUCACCCGCUCCUUCCAGGAGACCCCAGAGAGCAACAUCAUCCGCAAUCUUCUGACUGAUCUGAACGGACGCUUUGAGAAGCUGAAGCUACGCUCCGGCAAACAUGGCAAGACGCUGCAGGAGCUUGUUGAGAGGCACCAGGCGUACCAUGAUAAGGUGACUGGGACGUCGACUUGGCUGGGUCAGGCUGAGAAGACACUGGACACCUUGCAGAAGGAACCCAUCGGAGUCAAGGCUGAUUCCAUCAUCAGACAGAUCCAGAAAGUCAAGACUUUCCAUGAGGAUGUGGUGAACCAUGCCAGCGAUGUUGAGAAUGUGAAAGACAAGGGUGAGGAUGUCGUCAACGUCCAGCCAGAAGUCAGACCAGUGGUACAGAGGACAACAGGUGUGAUCGUUGAGCGCUACAGUGCCCUAGAAGCCCUCGUCAAUGACCUUCUUGAGAAGCUUCAACAAGCUCUGAGCUACGCCCAGAGCGUUGAUGAGAAUCUGGACAUGCUUCUCCACUGGUUGGAUGAAGCAGAGAAGAAAGAACACUCCUUGGAGAAGGGAACCAUCAUCCAGGCUCGGCGGGAACCGGUGCUAGAGCAGAUCGAAAACACAAAGAUCCUUGAGGAUGACAUCACCAAUCACCGCCCAGCCAUCGAUGCCGUCAACGUAGCCGCCAAGCAGUUCAUGCAAACCAAAGGCACCCAAGACGCCCAACUCAUCCAGACCAAGCUGGACAAGGUCAACUCUCGCUACGGCGUGGUGGACGCUGCUACUAAGAAGCACGGUGAGGGGUUGAACGGACUGUCGGAGAAGCUUGCUGAGUUUGAGAGGGAGGUUGACGACUUUGAGGACUGGCUCCUACCGGAUCUAGAGACCCUGGAAUCCAGAGAAGUGAUGACCCAGGAUAUGUCAGAGUCUACUCUCCGGGAGAUUUCUCGUAAGUACGAGAGCCACAAACCCCAGCAAAAGAAGAUCCAUCAGCUGGGAGACGCACUCUUGAACCACCCUAAGGCCAACGAUACGUCUUACAUCACCGCAGUCUUGAAGAACACUGACCUCAACUGGGCCGACUUUGAUGAGGUCUUCAACAAGAGAAUCAAGCAGCUGGAAGAGAAGCAAGAAGCUGCCAAGAAGUACGGCAACAGCAAUCGGGACGUCACAGGUUGGCUGACAGACACCGAGCGUAGACUUGCCCAAAUGCAUCCAGCAGGCAGGGACCUUAAAACUGUGCAAGCACAACUCAAAGAAGUCAAGCCCUUCCAGAAGGACGUGAUUGACUACAAACCCAACAUGGACAAUCUGAACAAGCUCGGACACAACUUUGACGCCGUGGUCCGAGAGGUUGAGCAAUCUGCUUACAAGCAGCCACACAGUCGCUCCACGCAGGUGGGUGACAAGAAGAAGGACACAGGGAGAGAUGGCUCUAGGGGGAGGCAGGAUCUGGAUCGGAGUGGCAUCAUGACACAAGAAACAGAAACCCAGCGCCAGCUGGACACUGCCAACAAACGCUACGACGACCUGAAGAUCAAGCUCAACUUCCGUCUGGACGAUCUAAAACUUGCCGAGCAGUACAUCGACCGCGAUGUUACCGUCAACGAGCAACUGAACUGGGCAACCAAGACCGAGUCAAACAUUCAGAACUCGAAACCAUCAAGCGGGGACAUUGAGCCCCUGGAGCAAGAAAUCAAUCAGUUCCAGGACAUCUGCUCUGAGAUUACAUCCAAGAAGUCGCCCGUCAACGAGUCAUACUUGAAGAGUACCCAGUUCCUUCAAGACAACAGGGAGAAACUGGACUACGAACAACAAGAAGAUCUGAGCAACAAGACAGUUAAUCUGAGGGAGACGUACGACCGACUGGACGUCCGCUCCCAAGACUGGCUGAAGGAGUCUCAAGAUGAGCUGGAAAGACUCAAGAGAGAACGAGCUGAGAGGGUUGCCCUUGAGGAGCGUCUACGCAAGCAGCUUGCCAUGUUACUCGACCUGACUGAUUGGAUAUCGGAGGCAGAGAGACGUCUUGGUUCCGAGCAACCACUCAGUGAUGAGAUCAAGCCACUCGUGUCGCAGUCCAAGGAACACCAGGUGCUACAUGAUGACAUUCUAGCUCAUCAACAACCCGUCGCACAGAGCAUCCACGGCGCCAAGCAACUCCUUGAUGAGUGUGCUUCACGCCUCCGCCCUGAGGACUGCAGCAAGCUGGAAGACAUCAGCAAGGAGCUCAAAGACCGCUACGACAACGUCUAUGUGGAGUCCCAGACUCGCCAGAACAAGAUCCAGGGUGUCGUGCCGGACCUCGAGAAGUUCACCUUCGAGCGUGACGACACGGACCGAUGGAUUAAGGACGGGACCAAGACCUUGUCGGACGCUAAGCGGAAUAUCGCCACGGACUUGGUGACGCUGAAGGGACAGUUGCAGAAGCAGAGCGACUUCAACGAGAGCAUGGUGGCUGAAGGAGCUGAUGUGAGAUACUUGAACAUGAGCGGACAGAGGAUCACGGAUGUUGCUAAGACCUACCGCAAAGACCUUGAGACCUUCCGCACCAACACCCUCCCCGCCAAGUUCUCCAAGACCUUCCAGGUGAACCCAGAGCCUUCCUGGCUCCGGGAGAACCUGAUGGACAUCAACUUCCGCUAUGGGGCCAUCAAGGGUGACGCCAACCAGUUCACCGCGACGCUGCGUGACCUUGUCGACAAACACCAGAAGUUUGAAGACGCCUGUACCCCCAUGGGACCCUGGAUGGACACUACGGAGAAGAAACUUGAGAAGAUUGUCAAGGAGGCCAUCAACGCAGAGCCGGAAGGCAUCAAGCAACAGAUCGACAACCUCAAGGCCGUGAGGAAUGACAUCAUUCAGCACUACAGUGACGUAGAGAAAGUCCGAGACACUGGUGAUGAUCUCGGUAACGCUCACGUUGCCGUCAAACGAGACGUGGACUACAGAGUCGAUGAGAUCGUGAAGCGCUACCAGUCUCUGCAGGCCACCAUUGAGGAUCGUCUUGAGGUGCUCCGUGAUGCCAUGACAGCAGCCCUGGACCUCCAAGACCAACUGGACAUGCUCCUGAAGUGGCUUGACCAGGCUGAGAAUGACGUCCACAAGAUGGAGAAAGGAACCCUCCUGGUGGUGCAGAAAGAACCUCUGAUUGAGAACUCAGAGGCGCAACAGGUGGUUUUCAAAGACAUCGAGGACCACAAGCCAACUGUGGACACCGUCAACCGCGUAGCCACCACACACAUGCAGACAAAGGGAGCCCAAGAAGCCAAAGAGAUCAAGACCAAGCUAGACACCAUCAACAAGCGCUACGGCAAGGUCCGAGACUCUACGGUCACCCACGGCGACACGCUGCGGUCGCUGACCGACCGGCUGAACGACUUUGAGAAGCAGGUGGAUGAGAUGGAGGAGAAUGUCAUGCCGUCUCUGAAGACGCUCGGAUCGAAGGAGUUCAUGAGGAAGGAUAUCCCGCAGAUCACAAGCAACCUUAAGAACCUGAGACAACAAGUUGACAACCAGCGUCCUGUCAACAAACGAGUUCACCAACUCGGUGAGCAGUUGAUCAGUGAACCCAAAGCCAACGAUACGUCUCACGUGAAGGCAAUCUUGGCUAACGUUGACGUCAACUGGGCGGGUCUGGAUGACAUUCUUGCUAAGCGAGCAAGGCAGCUGGAUGACCUGAAUGCCUCGACCAAGAAGUACAACGGUAUCCACAAGGACACCAACUUCUGGUUGGAAGGGAUGGAAAGACGUCUCCAGCAAGCCCAGACAACGGCCAGAGACUCUGGGGCCAUCAAGGCUAAGAUCAAAGAGCUCAAGUCUGGCUCACCAAAAGAACCGAGUGAGGUACCUGUAGAUACCGACGACGAGGAACACAGACUUCCAGAAUCUAUCAGCAAGCCACUCCUUCAAGAAGUAGAUGACUAUGAGCCAAGCAUCCGAGACACCAACAUCGUCGGUAACGAUCUAGACCGUCUCAUCAAGGAUGUUGCAGCUCCAGUCUCAAGGAACCCUCACUACUUCUCUACUCGGCUCGGCCAGGGUGAACCAGCAGUACCAGGGAUCUCUGAAGAGUUUGAUGCAGAGUUCGCAGGGUCAACCCCAAUCCAGAAUGAGCUGGAUGAGGUGAAUCGCCGCUACGAGGCUCUCCGUAAACGCCUCAGGCUCUCCCUGGAUGACCUAGAGAUCGCUGACCGAUGCGUGGACGAGACCAUGAAUGUACAAGACAACCUUGACUGGAUCACCGCCACUCAGGUCAAGCUGGAACGCAGCAGGCCUCGCGCCUUGGAGAUUCAACCGCUGGAAGAUGAACUAGAGAUAUUCAAGCAAAUCGUUGAUGACGUUGAGAGCAAACAGCCCAACAUCAGCGACACUCUCAGCAAGGCGGGUCACUUCGAGCGCGAGUACGCCGAUCGCCUCAACCCGGAGCAGCGAGACGUUCUGAACGAGAAAGUGGGUAUGAUGCGCGUCAACUUUGAGAACGCCGCGCAGAACGCCAAGGAUUGGCUGAAAGAGGACGAGGCCAAGCUGGAUAAACUCAAACGAGAGGAGGAGGAAAGGAGACGCAUCGAGGCUUUGAUGAAGGACAAACUGAUUGCGUUACUGGAACUACUUGAUUGGAUAACCCAAGCAGAGGAAGCUUUGGGCUCAGAGCAGCCAGAAGCUGAGCAAUCUACACCUGUCUCGGAUCAACUGGAGACCCACACGGUCAUCCACAACGACAUCACCGCCCAUCAGCAACCAGUGGCUCAAAGUGUCCAAGACAUUGAGAGCUUCCUCAAGCAGUACAGUGACCGCAUCAGUCCAGAGAAUGCCACCAAGCUCGACGACGGCCGCGACAACCUCAAGACCCGCUACGACGGCGUCCUGACUCAAUCCUACAACCGCCAGAACCAGCUCACUCCGGCCCUCGAAGACAUCACCAAGUUCGAGACGGAUGUGACAGGGUUUGAAGACUGGGUCCAGGAGGCCGAGACCACACUGGAUGAGUUGGUGGAUAACGUCGGGACGGAAUAUGAAGAGCUGAAGGGACAACUUGAUGAGCAUCGGACGUUCGUGGAUGACUUGAAUGACCAGAAGGGUGAUCUGAAGUAUAUCAACAUGAGUGGUGGAAAGUACUUGGGUCAAGCCAAGAACUACAGGAAGAUGCUUUCUGACUUCCGUAACGAGGCCCUCUCUCGUCAGUUCAACCGCAACUACCAAGAGAACCCCGAGCCCAACGUCAUCCGUGAGCGUACCAACACCAUCAACGCCAGCGUUGACGCCAUCAAGACCAAGGCCAACACGCACGGUGCGCUGUUGCGAGAUCUCGUCGAGAAGCACCGCGUCUACAAUGACGCUGUUAACGUGUUCUCGAACUGGCUGCCGGAGACCGAGAGCAAACAGGCACUCUUGGAGGAGGAGCCGAUUAGUGCUUCCCCGCUGGCCAUCCAGAAACAGAUCGACAGAAUCAAGGACUUCAAUGAUGAAGUCGUUGGUCAUGCCAGUGAUCUUGAGAAGGUGAAAUACACAGGAACAGACUUGACCGACGCCCAACCGGUCAUCAAACCACAAGUCUCUCAAACAGCAGUUGACCUCCAAGAUCGCUACGAUGAGCUUGUGGCCCACCUUAAGACUCGCCUUACCCAUCUUCAAUCAGCCUUGGCUGAGUCCCAGAGCCUCCAGGACCGACUGGACUUGCUCCUACGCUGGCUGGAUGAGGCUGAGAGGAACGUACAUAAGAUGGAUAAGGGAUCCAUCAUCGUUGCCAAAAAGGAACCUCUGCUUGAGAGCAUCGAGGAACACAUGGUGAUCCACACUGACAUCGAAGCUCACCGGCCAGCCGUGGAGUCAGUCCAGCAGGUAGCCGCUACCUACCUAGAGACAUCCAAACCCAGCGAGGCCAAGGACGUCAUGUCCAAGCUGGAUAACAUCAACAGCCGCUACGCAACCAUCAGCGACGUGACUGAUAAGCACGGCGACCAGCUGCGCCUGCUGCAGAGUAGGCUGAAUGACUUUGAUCGGGAGGUGGACCAGCUUGAGGACUGGGAGAUUCCGGUCAUCGAGGCUCUGGAGGGACGGGAUGUCAUGAAGAUGGAUAUGAAUCAACUCAGCCGCAAGAUCAAUGACUACACCAACCAGCUUGAGGACCAUCGUCCACAAUACAAGCUGAUCCACCAGCUUGGUGAAGACAUUGUUAAGAGAACUAAAGCUAAAGACACUAGUCACGUCAACGCUGUCCUUAACAAUGUGGAUACCAACUGGAAGACGACCUCUGAUCUCUUGGAGCUCAGGCAGAGACAGCUUGACCAGAAGCAGAAGGCUACUGCUAAAUACAAUGAGGGUUACCAUGACACCACCGGCUGGCUGACAGGGAUGGAACGUAAACUGAGUCAGCUGCAGCCUGUUGCUAUGGACAAUAAGACUCUGGACAGACAGGAGAAAGAACUCAAGCCAUUCCAGUUGGAGGUUGGCACCUACCAGCCGACCAUCGAGGACCUGAACAAGGUCGGUAACGGCCUGGAUGUCCUUCUGCGUGAGCUUCAGGCUCCGCUGUCGACCAAACCUCACUACCGCUCUAACCAGCUGAGCUCUACCAUGACCAAAGAGGAGAUGGAACGACGUGAGAUUCAAGACAGGAUGGAUAAGAGCAUCACCCAACCUGAGGCACCAGAGGAUUCAGACAUCCAACGGCAGUUGUUUGACGUCAACCGUCGCUACGACGCCCUCAAGAUCAAGAUCACUGAUCGCAAGGAAGAUAUCGAUCUGGCUCAUCUGUUCCUUGAUCGACUGGGCUUUGUCAACAACCGCCUUGACUGGUGUGCCACCGUGGACAGCCGCUUGAUGAAGAAGAAACCAACAAGCAGGGAACUAGAACCACUCAAGAAGGAGUAUUCUCAGUUCCAGGAUGUUCAUGAGAGCAUCGCAUCCAACAAGCCGGCCGUCUUGGAGACGAUCGUGAUGGGCGAGCAAUUCCUCCAGGAGAACCGGAAUAAUCUCUCGCCGGAGCAGCAAGAGGAGAUGCAGAGGAAGAUAGACGAGCUGCGAAGUUACUUUGACCAGGUGGAUCACCGUAGCGAGAAGAUCAACACAGACACGCAGCAGACUAUCGAUAGGUUGGAGAAAGAAUUGGAAGAAGAGAUCCGUCUGCGUAAGAUGUACAAUGACUCUUGCCAUGGUGUGGUGUCUCUGAUUGACUGGGUGACUGAGGCCCAAAACCGUCUCGCUGAAGAGCAACCACAGAGUGAAGAUAUCGCAGUGCUCAGCCAACAGACUGAAGAACACAAGUCUCUGCAUACAGACAUCCUCUCCCGUCAGCAGCCAGUCAUGGAGAAUAUCCACACCGCCACACAGCUCCUAGACCAAUACAACAACCGCCUCAAGGACCAGGACAUGUUCAAACUCCGCAACUUUGUCAACGACCUAAAGACGCGCUACGACGGCGUCCUGGGCCAGUCCUACGGCCGUCAGAAUCGCCUCUCGUCGCAGACAGAUGAGUUAAAGCAUCUUCAGGAGGACAAGGACGAGAUGGAGACCUGGCUGAGCUCUGCUCAGGAGACGAUCCAAGAAGCCCAGAACAACGUCGGGACAUCGCCUGAGGAGUUGGAGGAGCAGUACAACAUACAGAGAGAGUUUGCUGACGAUGUGGUCAAUCACGGCGCUGAUCUGAAGUACCUCAAUAAGACUGGCGAGAAGUUCUUGGACAGCUCCAAGAGCUACCGUGAAGAUCUGAGUGACUUCCGCUCAUCAGUCUUGACUCGGGACCAGCAACGCGCAUUCCCAGAGAACCCAGAGACCAAUCAGAUCCGCGACAUCGUCAGCGUCAUCAACGAUGACUACAACGACCUGAAGAUGGCGACCAACGACCACACUAACCGACUGAACUCACUGCUGGACAAACACCGCCGGUUCAACACCAACGUGAGGGGUACCACUAAGUGGUGCGAUGAGACACGCGUGGAUCUGGAUCAACUUCUUGAGGAGCCGAUCGCUGCUGAUCAGGUCAACAUUCAGAGACAGAUCAAUGACCUCAAGACCAUGCACGAUGACGUCGUCCUUCAUGGGAAAGAUGUCGAGGCAGUCAAAGACACAGGAACUGAAGUGACUGAAGCUCAGCCAGAAACCACACCAGCAGUGGAUGCCACUAAAGCUGAGGUACAGAGGAAGUACGAUGAACUAGAGGGCGACAUUGCAGACCGUAUGAUGAGACUCCAGAAGGCUCUCGCUGACUGCCAGUCAAUCCAAGAAAGUCUCGACGGACUCCUGAAGUGGCUUGAAGACAAGGAGAAGGCACUCCUGAGGAUGGAGAAAGGAACGGUCAUCGUCGUCAAGAAAGAACCUCUGGUGGAGAACUUACAGGAAUACAGACUUCUUGAGAAAGACAUUGAGAACCAUCGUCCGACCAUCGACCGUGUCUUGCGCUCCACUGCUGACGUAAUCCGUCAACUCAAGCCGGAGGAACGUCGCAUCUACCAAGACAAAGUAGACAACUUCCAAGACCGGUUCGGAGACAUGACCUCCUCGCUCAAGACCCAUGGUGAGGUGCUACAGUUCCUCUCUGGUGAUCUUGUGGACCUAGAGAAACUACUGGACAACUUGGAAGAGUGGCUGGUACCAUUGUUGGAGGAGCUGGAAUCAGCCGACUUCAAUCGCAAAGAGAUCCCAGAGCUGGAAGAAACCUUGCAGGUGCUUUCCCAAGACGUAGAGAGCCAUCGCCCAGAGUAUCACAUAAUCCAUGAGCUUGGUGAGAAGUUGAUGAAACAUCCAAAGGCUGGAGAUACUUCAUUCGUCACGGCCGUCUUGACCAACUUGGAUCAGAACUGGCAGUCACUGGAUGAUGUACUCGCCAAACGACUCCAACAGCUGGAGGAUCGCCAGCUGGCCACCAAACGCUACCAGAGCAGAUCUAAGGAAGUCGACUUCUGGCUGGACAACAUGGAGACUAAACUAGGCACGUUGGACCUGACCGUCCAAGAAGCAAAGGCAGUGGACAUACAGAUCCAACAACUCAGGCCCCUUCAGCGUGAGAUCACCGACUACCGCCCUAAGAUCGUGGAAGUCAACAAGGUCGGCUCAGCCCUAGACAGCUUAAUCAGGGAGGUCAUGGCUGCUCUGGAUGCUAGACGUCACUACUGGUCAUCUCAGAUUGGCGCUACUCUACAAACCGACUGGCAACCACAGAAAGCUAAACAGAGAGAACCAACAGAUCAACCGGACAGGGGUUUCCUUGAAGAGGACACAGAAGUUGAGAAAGAGCUGGAAUUGAUCAACCGUCGCUACGAUGAACUUGAGCGCCGUCUUACCGACGUCUUGGAGGACCUACGUAUCGUCCGCCUCUGGGCCGACAAGGUGGAGUCAGUACAGAGCAUGCAAGAAUGGGUAGCAUCUGUGGACAUCAGAUUGACGGAGUCCAGACCUACUAGCAAGGAACUCAUGCCUCUGGGCAGAGAACUGGAUAAAUACCAGCCGGUACAAACCGAGGUGGCCGACCACCGCCCCAUCAUCCUCGAGGUGGUCCACAACGCCGAGCAGUUCCUGCGAGACCACCGUGAUCGACUCUCGCCAGACCAGCAGAACAAGCUGAAGGUGAUGACCAAUGAUCUACGAGGGAACUACGAGCAGGUAUCAGUCAAGAGCAAUGAUUGGUUGAAGGAUGCCCAGGUGCUGAUGGAUACGCUCAAAUCACAGGAAGAUCAACAGGUUGAGAUUGAUGACAAGUUGAAUGACACAGUGAAGUCCUUGACCGAUCAGCUGGAGUGGGUGACCCAGGCCGAGACACGUCUGGGAUCACAACAGCCAAUGAGCCAGGAAUCACAGCCGCUGAUCUCUCAACAACAGGAACACAAGGCAAUUCAUGAGGACAUCCAGGUGCAUCAGAACCCAGUCCUUCAGUCAAUCCAGGAAUGCCAGUCCCUCCUUCGUCAACACACCCAGAACCUUCGCCCGGAGGACCAGACUAAGCUCACAGAGCUACAGUCCGAGCUCCGCAGCCGCUACGACAAUCUGGCCACUGAUUCCAUCAACCGCAACAACAAGCUCCGCUUCGCCGUGGAGGAUCUCCCGAAGCACGAAGAGGAGGUUGCUGACAUUGAGACCUGGCUUCAGACGGCAGAGCAGAAUCUUGAGACGUCUCUCGCCAGCAAGUCCAAGGCCCCAGAGGUCCUGAAGAAGGAGUUGGGUCAACAGAGGGCCUUCACGGAGGACGUGAUCGCUCACGCCGCUGACCUGAAGUUUGUUGUGAAGGGUGGGCAGAAGGUGCUUGACUCGGCGAAGGUGUACCGCCAAGAUCUUGCGGUGUUCCGUGAUGCAGCGCUCCCGCGCCAAUUCACGCGCUCCUUCCAGGAGAACACAGAGACCAGUGUCAUCCCCAGCAAGAUGUCAGACAUCACAACGCGCUACGAGCGCCUGAAGGCACGCACGACGGAGCACACCAACCAGCUUCGUGACGUCGUUGAGAAGCAACAGAAGUUCAGUGACAGGACGGAUAACUUUGGUAACUGGCUCCAGGACAAGGAAGGAACCCUCAAGUCGUACCUCAGGGAACCCAUCGGGGCUGAGCCGAAGGCUGUACAGAAACAGAUCGACAGACUCAAGGUGAUCCAUGAUGAAGUAGUGCUCCAUCUUAAAGACAUUGAGAAGACCAAGGAUGCGGGACGAGACUUGGCUGAUGUUAAACCAGCGCUACAGCCGGACAUCACUAAACACAUUGAUGAGCUUCAACACCGCUACAACGAACUGGACACUCAGAUCAAGAGUCGCAGCCAGCUGUUGCAGAACGCUCUGACACAAUCCCAAGACAUUCAGGAUAGUCUGGACUUACUCCUACGCUGGCUGGAUGAGGCCGAGAGGAACGUACACAAGAUGGAGAAGGGGACCGUCUUGGUCAUCAAGAAGGAACCAUUGGUUGAGAAUAUGCAAGUGCAGAAGAAUGUGGAGGAUGACAUCAUUAGUCAUCAGCCGAGCGUGGAGAUGAUCAACCAAUCAGCUUCCGAUCUGAUCCGUACCAGUGAGCCCAAGGUUGCCAAAGCCCUGCAGACCAAGGUGGACACCCUGAACUCCCGCUACAACAAAGUCAGCGACACAACCACGCAGCAUGGCGGCAUGCUCCAGGGGAUGUUCGAACAGCUCAAUAACUUUGAGAAUGAGGUUGACCAGUUUGAGGAUUGGGUGCUGCCGACCAUUGACUCUUUGGAGUCGAGGGAGCUUGCUCGCCUCGACCUGAACGAGUGUGACAAGAGACUCAAGGGAAUCAAGCAGCAGCUUGGAGACCACCGGCAGUCGCACAAGCGGAUCCAUCAGCAAGGAGAAGCGCUCAUCAGAGACCCUAAAGCCAGCGACACAUCCUACGUCACGGCUGUCCUGACCAACGUCGACGCUAACUGGCGGACCCUGGAAGAGAUUCUCGUCAAGAGGAGCAAGCAAUUGGACGCCAAACUCAAGGCAUCCAAACGCUACGGACAAUCCAGUAAGGACACCACCAACUGGCUGGACACCAUGGAGCACAAAGUCACCCAACUACAGGAAGUAUCUCAUGAUAUCAUCACGCUGAAUACACAGAUAGAACAAGUCAAGCCGUUGAAGGCCGAUGUGAUUGCCUACAAGCCAAAGAUCAUAGAGGUCAACAAGUACGGCCACAAUCUUGACCGAUUGCAGCGGGAUGAAGAUGUACCGAUGUCCGUCCGGCCACGCUACCGGUCACUCCAGAUCGGAUCAUCACCCUCAUCCGGACAAAUGUCACGCCGGUCGUAUGAGACCCCUGAUGCUAGUGACUUCACCACCGAUGAAGAGACGAAGAUCCAGCGAGAGCUGAUGGACAUCAACAAACGUUACGACGGCCUGAAGGUGAAGCUCGGAGACCGGGACGAGGAGAUGGAUCUAGCCAAGUCUUACCUAGAGAAGAGCGGAAACAUGGGAGGUCUGAUUGAAUGGGUGACAGUGACUGACGCUAAGGUGGUUCAGUCGGCACCUAGGAGUACCGAUACAGAUCAACUGCAUAAUGAACUCAAGGCAGCCAAGAGUCUGCACGAUGAGAUCGACAGCAACAAAGUGGCCAUCCUGGAUUCCAUUCACACCACGGACCAACUGUUGAAGGACAAACGUGGUAAGCUCGCCCCUCAGCGGGUAGAGGACCUCCAGCAACGCAGCAAGGAGCUCCGGGCUCAGUACGAUCAACUCACUAAGAGAUCGGAAGAUGUCUGCAAGACCAUUGAGAGUCUCCUCAUCCAGCUUAAGAUUGAGAUGGAGGAGAAGACGAGACUGAAAGCCGAUUUUGACGAGCUGACCAUCCAGCUGAAUGAGCUUCAAGAUUGGGUUACCAAGGCAGAGCACCAGCUAGGAUCAGAACAACCACUCAGCGAGCAGACCAGACCUCUGACUGACCAGUACAGCAAACACAAGACCCUCCAUGAGGACAUCGUGUCCCACCAGGGCCCCGUCUUGGAGACAGUCCAAGAAGCCAACCAACUCCUGAAGCAACGCGGAGACAAACUCAGCGAGGAUGACAGUACCUCCCUACGGUACAUCGCCGAUACGCUCAAGGCACGCUACGAGACGGUCAACGUACAAUCCAACACGCGGCUGAGCGCGCUGCGCUUUGCUAGUGACGACCUCGGGAAAUUGGAACCGGAAGUUGGUACUCUGGAAGAAUGGCUACGCAUGGCUGAGCAGAAACUUGAGUCUUCACUGCGGAAGAUAGAAUCCGAGCCAGAGGCCCUACGGGAUCAGUACAGUGGCCAGCGUGAGUUGGCUGAGGAUGUUUUGACCCACGGUGCAGACCUGAAGUUUGUCAACAUGACCGGCCAGACAUUCAUCAACAACGCCAAGACUUACAGAGAAGAUCUCGGGGACUUCCGCACCUCUGUCCUGCCCCGCCAGUUCAGCCAGACCUUCAGCGAAGCACCAGAUUCUCACACUAUUCGUGAUAAACUCGGCAGUGUGAACAGCCGCUAUGAGCGUCUGAAGACUCGCUGCUUGGACCAUCGUAACCGCCUGGCUGACAUCCAGGAGAAGCAGCAGAGGUACCGCAAUGAGGUCAACCCGGUGCUACCGUGGUUGGAUGUCUCGUACGUCACCUUAGGCAAGAUGGUUCAGGAACCCAUUGCAGCGGAACCUAACGCGGUCAAACAGCAGAUCGCACAGCUCAAGGCAUUCAGUGAUGACGUUCUUCUGCACAACAAAGAUGUAGAGAGAAUCAAGAACACCGGUAGAGAUCUCUGUGAGAUUCACGAAGACGUCAAGAAGGACGUCAGCAAACAGAUCCGUGAUGUGAGUGACCGUUACAGCCAGCUAGAAUCCAUGAUCGCUGAGCGUAGUAACCUACUCCAGACAGCACUGACUGAAUCCCACAGUGUACAAGAGGGUCUAGAGAGCCUCCUAGCCUGGCUGGAUACAACAGAGACUACGUUGGAUCGGCUGCAGAACAGGACCUCCAUCACGCUCAGGAAGGAACCUCUUAAUGACCAGAUGCAACAGUACAAGACACUCUUGAGCGAUGUGCAAGCCCACAAACCAAGCGUGGACACUGUCAACAAGGCAGCGAGUAAACUCCUCCAAACCUGUGAGCCGUCAGUCGCCCGUACCAUCCAGACCAAGCUCGACAACCUGAACACUCGCUUCUCCAGCCUCGAGAAGCCUUCCAGAGAAGGCUGUGAGUUCCUACAGCUUCUGACUGACCGGUUGAACCGUCUUCAGGAUGAGGUUGAUAAGCUGGAAGACUGGCUCAUCCCGGCGCUGGACUCCUUGGAGGCGCCGGAUACUAGUAAGAUGGACAUCACCGAGCUAGGCAGCAUCUUGAAGGACAUACAGGACCAGAUGGAGAGGCAGCGCCCACAGUACCAGUUGAUCCAUCAGCUUGCCAAUGAGCUGACUAGUGACCGGAGGGUCAAUGAGCCCGGCUCGGUCAAGCACAUUGUCCGCAACGUGGACGACAACUGGAAUGCCCUGAUUGAACUCCUUCAGUUCAGGCAAAAGACUCUUGAGGAACGCCGCCAGGCCCAGAAGAUGUACAACGAUGACCUGAAGGACGUCAGUACUUGGUUGAUAUCCACAGAGCGUCGCUUCAAUCAAUUCCAACCGGUAGCCAAAGACUUGGGUACUAUCAAGUCACAGUAUGACGAGCUCAAGCCACUGAGGCGUGAUGUUGUUGAGUACCGACCCACUCUGGACCAUCUGAACGAUCAGGGUACCAGACUGGACACCCUAAUGCGUGGUAUAACCACCGCCCCAAGCAGGCCUCAUCGCCGCUCGUCCCAGAUCAUCACAUCAACACCUAAGCCGGAUCAAGGCCCGGCUAAGCGACAAAAGGCUAAGAGGCCAUUUGAGGAAGCGGAUAUCAGUGGACUUAUUGAAGAGGAGUCCGAGAUCCAGCACCAAUUGGCCGACAUCAACCGUCGCUACAACGCCCUGGACAUCAAGAUCGAUGACCGGGAUGAUGAGCUGGACACCGCUCUGGCCCUCGCUGACCGCACAAAGCCAGUAGAUGACCUCCUGGACUGGGUGACUACGACUGAGAUGCAGAUGGCUCAGGCACCACCUAUGCCUGGACUCAGCCCUCUGGAGGAGAUGGAGAAGGAACUGGAGACCAUCAUGGCUGUGGAAGAGCAAGUUGUGAUGAGCCAAGCCCCAGUAGUGGAAGCCUCCGCCGGCGCCCUCAACCUGAUCAGUGAGAAAUCAAAGAAGCUUCGUCCUGAGCAGCAAGAGCAGCUACAGACCAAGAAUGAUGACCUGAAGAAUCGCUACGAUGACCUGUCGACUCGAGUCAAGUCUCGUAAGCAGGAUCUUGAGAGUAACAUCAACCAUAUGAGGACUGAGCAAGAUGAACAGUCCAACAUGAGUCGCCGUUUGGAGGAUGUUGGAGGCACACUCCAGGAGCUUACUGACUGGAUGGUACAGACAGAGAAGAAGCUUGGAUCUCAACAACCCAUCAACGAGCAGACUAAACCACUCAGUAGUCAACUGGAUAGACACAGGGUGCUUCGUGAAGACAUUGUUGCCCACGACCAACCAAUUAGCAAAAAUGUCAACGACAUCGCCAUCCUUCUGCGGGAGUUCGGCGGCAAGCUCAAACCAGAAGACGAGUCCUUCCUGCGAUCAGGGCUCGAUGAACUGAAACCCCGCUAUGACGAGGUCAACAAGCAAUCCAUCACUCGCCAGAACAAGCUGGACUCUUCCCUGGACGACUUGGAGAAGUACCGAGAAGAGUUCGAGGAGUUUGAGGAGUGGUUGAAGGAAGCGGAGAGAAGCAACGAGACGAUCCAGAGAGCUCCCGGGAGGGACCUUCAGGCUCUGAAGAAGCAGGUCGAAGAGGAGAAGAGGAUCAUGGAGGAGGUCAGCGACCACAAGGGUGACCUGAAGUUCAUCCAGAGGUCAGGUCAUAAGUUCCUGGACAAUGCCAGGAACUACAGAGAAGCUCUGACUGACUUCCGCACUUCAACCCUCCCCGCUGAAUACAACCGCACCUUCGCCGAAGCUCCGGACUCCAACAUCAUCCGCGACGAGCUGGCGGAUGCCUACGACCGCUACACCAAGCUACGCAUGGGCAGCCGCAACUACUACAAGCACCUGAAGGAGCUUGCGGACAAGCAUACCAAGUAUGGCAAUUCAUGCGCUGUGGUGCUGCCGUGGGUUAACGAGGCGUACGCCAAGCUGACCAAAGAGCUUCAGGAACCGGUGGCGGCUGAGCCGGAUAAUGUCCGCAACCAAAUGGAGAGAGUCAAGAAAUUACACGACGACAUUGUGUUGCAUACCAAAGAUGUUGGCAAAUUUAAGGAGCACGGGAAAGAUCUUGCCGAGCUACAAGACACCAUCAAAGAUGAAGUCCUGUCAACAAUCCGUGACGUCUCUGAGAAAUGCACCUUCAUGGAGUCGCAGCUGGCUGAGCGCAACAAUCACCUGCAGAGCGCCCUCACACAGUCCUACAGCGUCCAGGAAGGUAUAGACGGACUCCUACGCUGGCUGGAUGUCGCAGAGAAGAAUACCAACAGGGUAGUCAACACACCCAUUGCUGCCAAGAAGGAAGUACUGCUGGAACUGAUGCAAGACCAGAAGUACGUGAUGACAGAUAUUGACAGUCACAAACCCACGGUGGAUACUCUGAAUGAGACAGCCAGCAAGCUGAUGAAGACUAGCGACCCCACCCUCGCCCGCAACAUCCAGGCCAAGCUUGAAGGUGUCAACGCGCGCUUCAACAAGAUCACCAACAGCGCGCGCAACCACGGUGACUACCUGCAUAAGAUGUUCGCCAAGCUGUCGCAGCUGGAGGACGAUGUGGAGGCGUUUGAAGAUUGGCUGCUGCCGUUUAUUGAGAAGGUUACAUCAAAAGAGCUUGGACGUGUUGACAUCCUUGAAAUGGGCACCAAACUGCUGGAGAUGCAGCGAGACAUUGAUGUUCAUCGCAACCAAUACCAAGACAUCAAGGUAUUGGGCAGCGAAGUGACAAGAGACCCUAAGGUAUCAGACAAGGUUCGAGUCGUCGACACCCUGGCCAACCUCAACAAGAAUUGGGAGUCUCUCGAAGGACUCAUGCAGAAGAGGAACCGACAGUUGCAGGAGCGCCAGGAUGCCCAUGAUAAGUUCCAAGCCCAGCUCAAGACAACCCUGGAGUGGCUGGAGAAGAUUGAAGACAAAGUGGACCGCCUUCCUCCUGUCGCCAUCGAACCAGAGGCCAUCAUACACCAGCAGGACACCCAACAGCCAAUCCAGUCAGACUACGACAAUUACCACAACCGUAUCGAGGACAUCAACCACCUUGGCAUCACCCUGGAGAGUCUCUCCCAAGACCCAGAGCUUCCGGGCUUGAAGGGCUCCCCGAUCAAACGCUCCAAACAGUUCAUGACCAUGAGGUCGGACACACACAGCUUUGAUUCUCGCAGUCUCAGCUCGUCCCGUCGUAGCUCCAUCGGCUCUGAUCUGGACCAGAGUGCCUUCAUGCUCGAUGAUGGUAUGAGUGAAGUCCAGCGCCAGAUGGCCGACAUCAACGAACGCUACUCCUACCUCGGUGACAAACUCGCUGAGCGUAAGUAUGACCUGGACGGAGCCUUGGAGAAGGCCCAGACCUACCGGGAUGAGGUGACAAUCUUCUUGAGCUGGUUGGACAAGGCCGAGGCUCAGUUGAAGGAAGAGGUAAUCCCUGGACCGACCGCUAAGGAGGCAAGAAGGAAACUUCAAGAACACCUGGUGUUUGUCAGUGAUAUCGAUGAUCACGCUUCCAACGUCUCAACCAUCCGAGCCCUUGCCGAUGAUCUGACAGUCAACAAGACGCACCAACAAGGAGCGGACAACAUUCUCAGCCAGAUGUCAUCACUGGCUUCCGGAACGAUGGGACAUUGCUGCUCACGUCGCGCGGCCAAGAAAGAAUUGAAGAAAGAGGAGGCGGGAGAAGCACCAGAAGAGGAACGAUGGAUUCGACUGCAAGACAAAGCCAAGUUACGCACCAAGGAGCUCGAGGGCGCUAUUAACAGCCUAGCGGACUUUGAGCAAGCGCACACACGUCUCAAGACAUGGCUGGGCGAGAAGGACAAGAUGACUGCUGUCUUGGGACCCAUCGGCAUCGAGCCCGGGAUCCUCAGGAACCAGAAACAACAAGUAGAGGUCCUCCAAGAUGAAUUCAAUGCCCACGAAGGACAGAUGGACAACAUCAAAGAGGCGGGCAAGUCCAUCCUGGAGAAGCAAGACUCCCGCACCCGUACCAACUCCCCGAUCCAGCACCAACUGGUCGAGAUUCAACGCCUCUGGGAUGAGGUCAAGAAGAGACUGGACGGACGAGAGGGGCAGAUCGACGACGUCUCAAGGGAGAGCGAGAAGUUCCAUGAGAUUCUGGCGGACAACUCCGAUUGGCUGAUUGAGUUUGGCAAUAAGAUCUCAACGCUGACACCCAUCAGCGGCAACCCUGAUGUAGUCAGACAACAGAUGGAGGAGACAAAGACGUUACAGAGAGAGAUAGAGAGGAAGAAGCCUGCAGUGGAAACCAUGACAGACACCCACAGAACACUCACUACCCUCAACCCGGAGACGACUGCCAAGGCUGAAGUCACCCUCAAACUAGAGAGUGUCAAGACUCCGUACCAAGAACUCAGCAGAAAACUAGAUGAGAGACAAGGGAAGCUACAGGCAGCCCUCUUGCAGUCUAAGGACUUUGAGGACUCCAAUACUAACAUGCUACAGUGGCUAGACACCAAAGAACGAGAGUUAACCUCGUCCAAACCAAUCUCGGCUAAGCCUGACGUACUCAGAAGACAACUGGUUGAGCAUGAGGACAUCCCCAAGGAAAUCGUCAAGCAGGGUUACACCUACGACCGCAUGGUGGAGAAGAUGGACAACCUCACCGAGGAAGCGCCCGCGGGGCCCGAAAAGACCGCUCUGCAACGCAAACGCGACACCCUAACCAAGAAGUGGUCUGGUGUGAACGACAAAUCUACUCAGCGACAGGAUAGGUUGCGAGACGCAAACACAACAGCUAAACAGUACACGGACGAGCUGAACCAAUUCCAACCAUGGUUGAGGAGUGCUGAGGACCGGUUGUCAUCACUGGGACCGGUGACGAUGAAACCCAAUGUUGUCAAGAGACAGUACGAAGUGGUCAAGCAACUUCGUGACGAUGUUGAGAAUCACCGUGACCAUCACAACGCGGUCAACCAGACAGCCAAAGAGCUGAUUAAUAAGACAGAUGUAGACCAUCCGUAUGUCAAAGAUCAAGUGUCAGUGGUCAACAACAGAUGGGAGAAACUCCAGAAAAAUGUGAACGGCCAACUGCAAGUCCUUGAGGACCUGUCUGAGAGGCUGAAUAGCUUCCAAGACAACAUCAACCACUCACAGAACUCCUUGGCCAAUGUGGAAGAGAAACUCGCUUCUCAUGACAUCAUGGGAUCCAAAGAUCUCAGAAACCUUGACAAACUCCAGAAUCUCCAAGACGAGAUGGACAACAUCGAGAAGACAAUCUCGGUCGUCAAGGAUCGCAGCGGUGAUCUCAUGUCUGCAGCGCCCUCUAACGCCGAUACUGGACAGAUCGUUGAUGAGGUGGAUGGAGUCCACAGACGCUAUGAGAGACUGAAGGCUAUGGUUGGUGACAGACGUAACCAGCUGGAGCUUGGAAGUCAAGAAGUCAAAGCCUUCCAGACGCUGUUGAAUGACAUCGGAUCUCGUAUGACGAACUCAGAGGAGUUGCUGGAGAGGUUUUCACCCGUCGCUCGAGACUCGCCAACUGUCAGUGGACAGAUUGAGGAGACACAGAAAUUUAACGAUGACCUGGAUGACCUGAAGAAGGCGCUCCUGAGUGCUGAUAAGAGCUUUCGCGAUAUCAUCGACCGCGGGUACAUGACCGACCCCGAUGGAUUCAGAGAUCAGCUGGACAACCUGAACAAGCGAUGGGGACGCGUCCGUGAGCGAACCAACAGCAGACAGGGUGACCUGGAGAAGACACAAGGCAAGCUGAAGACUCUGCAACAGAUCAUCCAAGAUGUAGAAGAGGGACUGGAGAAAGCUGAGACGCAGCAGAGAAGCCAGAGACCGGUUGGCGCUGAUGUGGAGAUGGUCAAACAGCAGAUGAAGGAGUUCAAGACCUACAUCAGAAACUAUGUGGACACCUUAGCUCCUAGGAUCCGUGAAGCCAACCGCGUCGGACAGAACCUGAUCCAGAGUGCAGCCCCAAGAGUCAGCACCAACCAGCUUGAGCGGGAUCUGGAGGCCAUGAAUGACCGCUGGAAUAAGCUCAAGACCACCAACUCGGACCGUGAGGCUAAGCUGAACGAGGGCCUGCUCCGAUGCGGCAAGUUCCAGGAAGCUCUGAACAGCUUGAUGUCCUGGAUCGGAGAGACAGAGGAGCUUGUCUCACACCAGAAGGAUGCUUCCUCAGACUACAAGGUGGUCAAGGCUCAGCUGGCUGAACAACUGCUUCUUGACCGUCUCAUCACCGAUCGAGAACCAAGUGUCGAGGCCCUAAAAGAGAUGGGCGAACAGCUCUCCAGAGUCUCCGAGACCCAAGACCGCGCUCGCAUCCAACAGCAACUGACUGACCUGGAGAGACGCUGGAGGGCGCUUGUUGACUCCGUGCGCGACCGAAGGAAGAAGCUUGAGCAGACGGAGAAGACAGCCAAGGGGUUCCAUGAGCAGAUCAACCCGCUAGUGGAGUGGCUGGACAAGACGGAGAGGAGCUUGGUGUCGCAGGAGCCUGUCAGCACGGAGAAGGCACAGAUACAGAAGCAGAUCCAACAGCAACAGACACUUCACAAUGGAAUCCAGUCUCGCCGCCCUGACAUCAACAAGGUCAUUCAAGAUGGUCAGGAUCUUCUCAAACAGUGCACAGGUAAAGAGAUCAUCGAUGUCCAACAGAAACUCGACACGAUCCAGAAUCGCUACGACGACAUCUGCCAGAAGAGCGAGGACCGACUGUCUCAGCUCCAGCAAGCUGUUCCACUCACCCAAGACUUCAAUCGCAUCCAGAGCGACGUCGACAAGUGGAUCACGCAAGCUGAGAGAGAUGUAAGAGGUUUCGACCAAUCAGUGCCCGCUGAACAGCAGAAGACGGUUCAAGAGAAAUUACAAAGUGGAAUCGACGAACACCGUCCAGUCAUCGAUGACAUGAACCAGAAGGGAGACAAACUCAUCGCCAUCAGUCCAGGACAAGGAGCUGCAGAGGUCCGCCAGCAAUGCAGCGAUGCUAACAAGCGCUUCACUGAGCUCUGCGCCCAAACAAAGGACAUUGAGUAUCGACUCAGUGCUAUGCUAGAAGGAGCACAGAAGGUCGAGCAGAGCAUGGACACCCUACUAGCCUGGAUCAAUGACACUGAGAGAACCUUAGCUAACAAUGUCAAGGAGACAGUCGGAGUGGACGCCGACGGAGUUCGAGAACAACUCAAGAAGACCAAGGCCUUAGACAGAGAGAUCAAUUCUAAGUCAAGUCGCAUCCAAGACACCAUCGGAGCAGCCGAGAUCCUCCUCCAGCAGACCACCGAUGCCAACCAGCGUCGACGACUUGACGACCGUCUGAAGCAGCUCAAGCAGAAGUAUGAUGCCCUCUCCACGGCCUCCGCUGACCGCGUUGAGGUCCUGGAGGAAGCCCUGCCGCUAGCUUUGUCCUUCAAUGAGACCCAUGAGGAGCUGACAGGCUGGCUGAAGGAUAUCGAGUCGGAUUUGAAGAGUCUUCGUCCACCAGGCUUGGAUGUCGAGGAGAUCAAGAAAGAAGUCGACAAGAACAGGCUGAUGAACCAAUCCGUCAACGAGAAACAACAGUACAUCAACAAGCUGAACAGAAUCGCCCCAGAGCUGUGCAAGAUCAGCCCAGGAGCUGGAGCCCGCUCACUAGAAGCCAAGGUAGACAGCGACAACACACGCUACGAGAACGUCAAACAAGAUGUCAAUAGCAGAGGAGAGAAACUCUUUGAUCUUCUCUCAAGGACUAGCACGUUCAUUGAGGAUUUAGAUUCCACCUUGGAGCAGUUGAACAUCACAGCUGAGAAACUCGCUCAACCAGAAUCCAUCUCAUCCGAACCGGACGUCCUCAGGAAACAACGCAAGAAACUACAGUCUCUACAAGACCAGGUUGACAACCAGAUGGACGCAGUGGAGAACAUGCGCAAGGCUGGUCAAGAUAUGAUCAGUGCUGCACCUUCAGACGAUGCCUACAUCAGAGAAAUGCGAGACAAACUGGACCAGCUGAGUAACAAGUGGGAUACGAUAGUCCGCACAGCCAACCAGCGGGCUAGCAAUCUGAUGGAAGCGUUGAACGCAGCCGAAGGGUUCUGGGAGGAGCUCCAUAGCACCAACCUGACCAUCAAGGAUAUCCAGGACCAGAUCACAAACUCAGAGCCUCCAGCGGUUGAAGAGAGAGCUGUAAGAGACCAACAGGACAUCCUUCAUGCCAUCAAGGAAGACGUCGACGCUGUCAAUCAAGACAUGGAGAUGACCAAGUCGUCUGGCAAGGAGCUGAUCCGCCUCUGCGGAGACGCCGACAAACCAGAUGUCCAGAAGAGUCUCGACGAGCUGACCACAAACUGGGAGGCCCUCAACGCGACCUACCGCAACCGGGAACAGAGCCUGAACGAUGCGACUAAUUUGUCCAAGGCCUUUGAGGAUGGGAAGAAGAAACUUGAUGGGUACAUGACCAGCGCUGAGGGGGAACUAGAGUCCAUGAAGGCAGUAGGAACUGAGGCUCCGAUGGUCAAGAAGCAGCUGGAGAACCUUAAGAAAUUCAAGCAAGAUCAAGACCGCGAGACUCCCAACCUGGACCGCGUCAACCAACUCGGCAACAAGCUCCUGACCCAGUGCACCUUUGAGAACCGCGAAGGAAUCCAGGGUCCACUGAGUGAUAUGAACCGUCGCUGGAAGGCCCUGACUGAACGCAGCUUUGACCGGCAGCACAAGCUGGAAGCCGGGCUACUGGCUCUGGGUCAGCUUGACUCUACGCUUGAUGAGCUGCUUGGAUGGAUGAAUAGAGCGGAGAAGAACAUGAAAGAGCAGAAACCAGUGAUGGGUGACUCGAGAUCAGCCGAGAUUGAACUUGCUAAGCACAAAGUGCUGCAAAAUGACAUCAUGUCUCACCAGUCCAGCGUGGACUCUGUCAACCAGGCAGGACGUACCUUCGUUGCCUCGGCCGACAAUCGCCAGGUAGCUGGAGUGAUCAAGAACAAGCUGGAUGACCUGAACGGCAAGUGGCACAAUCUGCUGAAGAUGAGCGAGGACCGGCAGAGAGAGUUGGAAGGAAGUCUUGGAGAGAGCAAACUGUUUGGAGAUGAAGCCAAUCGUCUCUUGCACUUCCUGAAAGACAUGGAUAGCCAACUGUCCUCAGCCCAACCUGUUGGAGGAUUACCAGAGACAGCAAAGGAACAACUCGACAGACACAAUGAGCUGAUGAAACAAAUGGCUCGAGAGCAGAUGAACUUUGACCGCCUCAUGGACACCGGCCGUCGGCUACGCAGCAAGGCUGGACCAGAAGCUGAUCGCGAAGGAGGUGUUGGCCACACACUGGCGCAGUUACAGAACAACUGGGACAGCGCAAAGCAGAAGGCCAAUGAUAGACAGACCAAACUUGACGAUGCCUUGACGCAGGCGCAGAACUUCCACGAUGCCUUACAGUCCUUCAUCAGCUGGCUGACUACAGCAGAGAAGACUAUGAAUGCUUCUAAGCCUCCAAGCACCAUCCUGGAUACCGUCAACCAACAGAUAGGCGAUCACAAGGACUUCUUGCGUGACAUCGCCGCCAAGCGAGACACCAUGAAGGAGCUCGACCGCACUGGAACUCAGCUGAAAUACUUCAGUCAGAAACAGGACGUCACUCUGAUCAAGAACUUGCUGAUCAGCGUACAGAACCGCUGGGAUAGAGUGCAGAACCGCUGCAAUGAGCGCAGUAGGCAACUGGACUCUGGAUUCAAACGAUCCAAGCAGUUUGCCGAUCAGUACAAGAAGAUGUUUGACUGGUUGGAAGAUGCCGAGGGCAAGCUUGACGUGGACAAGUCUGUUGGUAACAACCCAGAGACCAUCAAAACUCAACUCAGGAAACACAAGGAGCUGCAACGAUCCUUGGGUGCUAAACAGCCGAUGUACGACACUACACUACGCGCCGGUAGAGCACUGAGAGAGAAGAGUAACCCUGCAGAUACUAAGGUCAUCAACGGCAAGCUGACUGACCUCAAAGACAAGUGGGACACGGUCUGUGGAAAAUCUGUAGACAGACAACGCAAGCUAGAAGAAGCCCUCCUCCAUAGUGGCCAAUUCAAGGAUGCCCUACAGGCGCUCCUAGACUGGCUCUAUGAAGUAGAACCCAAGAUGUCUGACAACAACAUGGUCCAUGGUGACAUCGACACCGUCAUGAACCUCAUGGAAACCCACAAGGGUUUCCAGCGUGACCUGGGCAGCCGCAAGGGCAGCGUACGCUCUGUAAAUAAAUCAGCCAAGGAGCUGAUGGACAAAUCAAGCGAGGACACAUCACACCUGAAGUCUAAACUGCAGGAGCUGGACAGUAAGUGGGACAACGUCUGCCAACUUAGUGGCGUCAUGCAGGAGAGACUGGACGGCGCCAUGAAAGAGGCUGAGGAGUUCCACGAGGCUGUACACAUGCUCCUGGAGUGGCUAGCUGAUGCAGAGCAGAGUCUGAGAUUCCACGGACCGCUGAGUGAAGAUAAAGAAGUCAUCACAGAACAACUACAAACUCUCCAGGAUUUCAAAUCUCGGAUUGCGACCCAUGAGAUGCGAUUGAACGAGGCCUGCAUGCUGGGUGACGUCAUCCUAACCAAGUGCCACCCCGAUGCUGUCACGGUCAUCAAACACUGGAUUACAGUACUACAAGCAAGAUGGGAAGAGGUGAUGAACUGGUACACAGAAAGGCAAGACAGACUAGAAGACGCUCUUACCAACCUCAAGGACAACGCAGAGCUACUUGAGAAGCUCCUCAAGUGGUUGGAGCAGUCUGAGAACACCCUUCAAGAACGGGAUUCUCGCCAGGUGCCUGAUGAUAUCGAUCGUAUCAACAAGCUGCUUGAAGAACACCAGAACUUUGAAGACGCCAUGGCCACCAGACAAUCUGAAGUAGACCGCCUUACCAAGGCCCACAAACGCCGCCGUUCCACGGACAUCGGCCAGGGUGGUAUUCCAAUGCUGGACCGCUCACGCCGCGGUAAGGGAAGCCGACCAAUCAGCCGCGAGCCAAGCCCGGGACCUGACCCAUCGCGCAACCCACGUGUUGCCGCGCUGCACAACAAGUGGAAGCAAGUCUGGCUGAUGGCCAUGGAUCGCAGACGCAGACUGCAGGACGCCCUUGACAGACAAGCUGAGCUGAAGAAGCUGAAGAACUUCAACUUUGAUGAGUGGCGCCAACGCUACGUUCGCUGGAUGAGCCACAAGAAGGCACGAGUCAUGGACUUCUUCCGCAAACUGGAUCUGGACCGGGAUGGCAAGCUGUCUCGCAAGGAGUUCUCUGAUGGAAUUCUCAACUCCAAAUUCCAGACCAACCAACUGGAGAUGAACGCAGUGGUGGACAAGUUUGACCGGGAUGGUGAUGGUUACGUGGACUACAAGGAGUUCAUCGCGGCCCUCUGGCCAGAGAAAGAAAGCGGCCAAUCAAACCCAGGCACUGACGCUCAGAAGAUUGAAGAUGAGGUAAAACGCCAGUGCGGACUCUGCACCUGUUCCAAGAAGUUCCGAGUACAGCGCAUCGCCGAGACCAAAUACCGCUUUGGUGAAUCCCAGCAGAUGAGGCUGGUUCGAAUCCUGCGUAGUACCGUCAUGGUACGCGUCGGUGGUGGUUGGCUGGCACUCGAUGAAUUCCUAGUGAAGAACGAUCCCUGCAGAGCCAAGGGACGCACCAACAUUGAGCUGCGUGAGAAGUUUAUCCUGGCCGAAGGAGUCAGUCAGUCCAUGACACCGUUCCAGUCAAGUCGCAGUCGACGUUCUCGCUCACCCUCCGAGUGUAGUACUGGAAGCGCAGGAUCAAGAAGCCUUAGCGGACCACUCAUCAAGAUCAGAGAAAAGCGAAAGGUAGCACGCCCCUGGCAACAGUCUCCCGGCUCGACCACAAAGAGCAGCCCAAGAACUACUACUACAUCUAGAUACGCUAGCGGUGCAACCUCAUCCCCAAGAAGCAUGGAACGAAACGGAGAAAGUAGCUACAAGAAGACCUCCUCCAAGGAAACGUACUCCUCAUCCUCUACCCCUGGAAUUGGUUCUGGACGUACAGUAACCUCCUCAUCUAACUACUCCUCAUCCAGCUCUCCAGCAACACAGUACACCACAAUGGACUACCAGUCCAAGCCAAUGGGUGCUGGUAUGCAGGGAGAGGUGACUAUGAGAACCACGCGUGAAGAAGAGCGCACUAUGUCCAAAGCAGCGCCCUCGCAGUCUGUAUACACGCGCCUGACCUCGCCAUCUAAGAAGGCUACAUCGUCAUCAUCAUCGACAGUCAAGUCUUCAUCUUCAUCAACAACCAAAUCUAAGACAACUGGUGGGGCUUGGCGCUAGAAGAGCCCAUCCCACUCCUGACACCGAAUUUGGAAACCAACACAGAGCAUGCAUAAUGUUAUCGUAGCUUAGAAAGUAUAAAAACAUUCCAAGUUCUACCAAAUUCUUAGAUGGUCUGAAGCUUCAAACGGCUCUCUGUUGAGAGAACCUGUUGGAAUUUCAACAUCUGAGACAGAAUUUCAACGUCUUGACUCGUUUACAAAAAUCACUAAGAAGAAUUUCCUUUCCAAGGUCUUUUCAUCUUUGUGACUUUUGUGGACGCAAUUUUGACCCUAAUAUGCAGUUUAAAAGCUCUGAAGAAGGUGCCCAACUUAAAAUGCAGUCUUCCUCUGAUAUGUGGCCUGUUGAAAACAUUUAAACGUAAAUAAAUAGAUUAAGUUGAGACUAUUUAGGUUAAAAUGAAAAUAUGAUUGAAAUUCUAUGUAGAAAAAAAUGGCAUGGUUUUCUUUGCUAUCUUGUUUGUAUAUAUUGCUACGGUGUUGUUUGGUGUUCCUUUGUUGAUUUUUUUCAAAAUCAUAUUUUUGUAUUUGUAGUUUUUUUUUUGAGGUACAUGACGACGGAGGGAAUGCAUUUUAUUUUAGUUAUUCACUGAAAGUUCUGUCAGGUAAUGUCUGAAAUAGUUUUUAAGGUGACCCAAAUAUUGUCAGGUAGCGGAGGUCUGUCGAUAAGGCUUUCUUGCACUGACAAUAUUACCAAUUGCGACAAUGUAACAACCAAACAUGUCAAGAAAUCUACCAAAAUUGUGACAAAUAUUUGAAGGUUUGAAACACAAGUUUAAAUCUUCAAAAAAUUCCCUUUAUACAUCAUUUUGAUGUGACAGUCACGUGUGGAAAUUUACUGGAGAAUUUGUUCCCCCCUAAAAUGGGACGUAUUCAUGAAGUAACCACACAUAAUGCGACAACUGCUUUAAGUUGAAAUUAAAUCUGUUUAUUCAUGUAUUGGUUAAAAAAUUGUAAAAGAAUGGCAAAAUGUCGUCAAACGAUAACUAUUAUUUGCAACAAAAGUUUGUAUAUAAAAGCAGUAAAACGACAUUUGGUGUGUGGGAUUUUGUUUAUUUUUAUGUUUAUUUUUCGAAUUUUUGAGCUAGUACUCUGUGUAAAAAAAAAAAAUGCCAACAAUUAAAUGGACUAUCAGAGUAUGUGAAUCUUUAAGAGAACAAAAAUAGUACAUUAUAGAUGUGCAGCGGAAGUAAUAGUGUUAAAGAUGUGGUAACAGUUGACAUUGUAGAUUUUUUGAUUGAAAAAUAAUUGUAUUUUUGAGGAGAGAUUUUGUUAGCUCCUUGAAAUGAUGUGUUCCAGUGGGGACUAGUAACACAUUGCUUGAAGGACUAUAACAACUCUACCUAUUGGAUAAAUUGUGUUUGCUGUGUCGAAACCAGUUGACUAUACUUUAAUUCAUGCAGGAAACACAAGAGUGGGGACCAGUUGUUUCCUUGCUUUGAUAUACAGGUUUAGUGAUCUUGAAGUACCUGUGGGGACCAGUUAUUUCAAUAUCAUUACAGACUGGUUUUUACAUUUCGAUGAGUAAGAAUGAUUAUCAAAGAAGUAAAUAUUUUAAUCCAUUUCAUUCAGUUCGGAUUUAAGCAUUAAACAUGUGGGGACCUGUUUAUUGCCUGAAUCUAAGGUUGACUUUAAAUCAAAUAUAAAAAUGAAUGAAAAAGUCUAUGACUUUAUAUGGAAUGUGGGGACAACUCUGUGCAAAAUCAUGGACUUAAAAUUUGGCGAACAAUUUUUAUUGAUGUUGACUUUUGGGGAUCAGUUGCCAUCGAUAUAAAGCGUUUACCUUUAACUUAGAGUUUAACUUAAAAUUUAUUGGCUUUUGAUCAAAGCUAGUGAUUACUAUAACUAUCGCAUAUUGUAGCCACAUAUGCUUUAAUUGAACCUUAGUAAACAUCAUGGUGAUAAUAGUGUAGCUGUAAGAUUCAUGUUUUUCCUCUCCUUUUGUGAGGUUUGGUCUUUCUAAUCAUGUAGCAUGUAAAAGAAGUAAAAUAUAGCAUCAAAAAUCAUCUUUAUUCUUAUGGAUGCACAUGGUGGACUGCAACUAACUAACAUUUUUGACUACGGACAAAUUUAUGAUUAUGAACUAGUCAACUAACUAAUUCUUAAUAAACUGUUUAGUAAACUAGGGAUUGAAAUAAGUCAGUUAAAGCAGUAACAACGAUUUCUGGAAGCACUUGCAUGAUUUGGACAGUUCAAGAGAAUGGUUAGACUACACACAAUGGAGCCAAUUAAUCUUGAGAAAUGUUUUGAACAUUCUUCUGUAAUUAAAAACAAAGGUUUUGUGAAGAUGUGACGGUACAAAUUGUAGUAUUCAAACAAAGAUGUUAUUUUGUUACUUGUAAUGUAUAAACCUGACAUUUUGUUGUACAUUUCAUUUAAGACUGGUCAAGACGAAAGUUCAGAAUUAUUAAGGUAUUACGCAUGUUAAUCAAUGUGUUUGAACCAAAUCAUCAAAUCAUUGGCGCAGUGAAGAUAGUUCUCUUGCCAUUUUAGGGUGGAAUUAUUUUCUUUUCAUUUCUGUCUUUCAAGUUAUAAACCAAAAUUAAUAUUGACGUACUUAUUAACAACAUGACAAAGGUUUGUGGGUAUAAGCUGAAAUAAAUUUUGUUUUGCAAAAGAGGAAAAGUUAUAAUAAUGACAUGAACAUUUGUUUUUCAAUUGAAGGAUAUGACAACACAAUUUGUGUUUUAAAUUCACCAUUCUUUAUUUGCCUAAGUUCUUUUGCGAUUUUAUUUCCAUUUUGCUUUAGAAACACAGAAAUAUGUGUAGGUUUUUGUUUGUAAUUUUGAGUUUAGUUUAUUUCUUUUGAUACUCAAAAAGGCGGUAGACAAGAAAAUUGUUUCUUUGAUUUGUUUAGAUUAUGACAUUUACAUUUGGAAAAUUGUUUGAAGUUAGGUUUGUUUUAAAAUGAAUUUUGUACUUUUGUUAAGUUUACAAGGUAUAAUAAAAACUGCUUCUGAAUGUUUUGGUCUUCCCAAAAGGAGAAGAUUUGAAAAGAACUUAAAAUGUUUCUUUUUGAUUGUCACCGAUUGGGAAGCAGAUUUGCAUACAUAGAUUUGAUUGGUUGAUAUCAUUCAUCAUUCAGUUUUUUUAUGCAAAUUAAUUAUGUUCAUUUUAAUUUAAAUAUAUUCAAAACAAUAAAUAGAAAAUGGCUAAUUUUAGAAACGCAAAUCGUAUUUGAUAAGAAGAUGCUCAAAUAGCUUUAAUUUGUCAAUAGAAUUUAUUACUUCAGUUUAAAGUGGCUGGUAUUAUUUUUAAAAAGUUACGUUUUGGGGCUUUUUUGCUAAAAAUCGUGUCAGUUCACGAUUGCCUUUUUGAGCGAAUAAAUUUUUAUUUUGCAAUAAAACAUAAA